GCCGUUGCUAGGGACGUCCGUGCGGCGAGCGAGGCUGCGGCGGGCGGUUGCUAAGGGCCGCGCCCGGGGUAGAAGUUGAGGGUUUCUGUAGCAGCUGGAAGGCGAAUUCCACCCUCGCUCUUUCUGCCGGAGUGGAGGGCGUCGCUCCGGAGGCUCCUUCCCGGGAAAGCGCCCCAGUUCCUUUUCUAGGCCCCUCGGCGGCCGAGGGCAGAGAGCGCCCUCCUCUCGCCCAAGGUAAGCGCUCUCGCUGCGCCUCCCCAUCCCGCGCAGCCUGAGGCUGCCAUCCUCCCGUGAGGCGCGCUUCUUGGGCAGUUGAGCUCCCCCGGGAUUGGCAGCGCGGGGUCGCCGGGGCGCGGGCGGGCACACCUACCGGGCUCUUUCCACGCUGGUCUCUCCUCGCUCUUGUCCCACCGCCCACGGCUUAUGCUCUGUCCGCCGCCCCGCGCCUCAUUUCGGUGCCAUUUGCGCAAAGCAGGAGUUUGCGCUGCAGGUGACGCUUUGAAUGCCGUGGAAGGGAACGAUUGUCUGAUAAACUGCUUUGGACCAAGUUUCUGUGAAAAGCUGUUGAAACUCUUCUGUUGAAACUGUCUCUUCCCAUGUCAGCUGGCCACGCUGCUGUCUCGAAAAAUCAACGCUCAGGUUUAAAGCUACCCAUGUUGUAUUGCCAUCUUGCAAUGCACCCUUUCUUCCUGCCUUUCUGCCCCUUUACGGAACCUUCCAACUCUUGGUUUCCCCACCCAAACAUAGAAUAUGUAAGGGCAGAUAGUUGAUGGUUUUCAAUUCACAGCUAAAACCCAUUGAAAUUGGUGGAAUCUUAAGUACACAGUAAACUUUUUAAUUGCAUAAUUCUCAGUCCUGGAUUUACGUAUAAGCUAAACAAGCUAUAGGUUAGGGCCCCACUCUCUUGGGGGCCCCAAAAAAUUUAAAGGGAAAAAAACCCUGGAUGUACAGUUCCAAAAUAGAAGAUUAAAAAACAAAUAAAAUAAAGCCUACGUAUGGCAACAGUGUUUGGUGCUACGAUGUAAGUAAUGGCCUGCCAUCCUGUUCCCUAAAAUAUCACUGGUUUGCUCAUUUCUGUAUAUAGGGUGCCUACAUUCUUCAUGGACUGGUUGCAUAUUUUGUUAUGUGCAAAUGGCUUUAGAUACCUAUUAUGUCCAUAAAUUACCAUAUAGCAUAUAUUCAACACACACAAAAUAGCGACAAUUUGUUGUUGACAAAGGACAGCUGGACAUAUAAAGGACCCCAUUACCUUCAUUAGCUUAGGGCCUCAUCAAGCCUAAAUCCGGCCCUGAUAUUUCUGUAUAUGUUUACUUUGGAAGUAUCUUUAUGGAGUUUAGGAGGAUUUAUUCCUGACUUCAAGGUGCAGAGGAAUGUGACAUUAGGGAAGCAGUCCUAUACACAAGAAGCUAGUGUAAAGUAGUGCCAAGUUAAACUGAUUUUAAAGUACCAUACACCAGAGCCUAAUGGGGCUACUUCUGGCUGAGCUGGCCCAAGCCUGGCAGAGAGAAAACAAACCUUGAAAACGGUUACACCACCCUUUUGCAUAUCUCCCCCAUCCCAGCUGAGCCAAGACCAUCAGGUGAGAUGUUCCAGGAACAUGGCAGGGGCGGGGGAGAUAAGCUGGUGUAUCUCCCGCUAAGCCAAGGAUGGAAGGAGUUAAAUCAGUGUAGUCCAGCCGUGCUGGCAGCUCUCAGCCAGAGAUCCGCUAGAUCCUAACCCUGCACAUCCUGGUAGCUCUUCCUAUAGAUUGCUCCCUAGGCACUUAUUUCUCUGAAUUCACUUUUGUUUGGGUGUAGUCAUGAUUCCAUUUGUAUGGCCAUUGUUUUUGAUGUGGUAAAAUACAUAAAGCAUUCAUUUAGUUUCACUGAAGUCUUUUGCCAUGAAAGUUUCAAGUAUUAACUGAGUUGUCUUCAGUACUACAUUUCUAAUGUUAAUAAAACUCAGAGUGGCCCCUUGUAUGGGCAUGACUAACUUAGCUGACUUCAAUUUGAUGGGUUUUCUCUGAGUACGAUUUAGUUGGCUACAACCCUAAGUUCCUCACAAGUUAUUAAGGUGUCUCUACCUCUGCCCAAAAUCAAUUUCAUAGUGCCUCUUGUUCUUCCCCAAACUUUGAUGGAUUUCACAUUUCUAAGAAUGGAGGAAUUAUUUAGGGAUGCCAAGAAAGCUUAACACUUUCUUUUUAUGACCUUGAUCAUCCAUUGUCAGCCCAAAGCCAUAUCUGUAGGCCCAUUCGUGCUAAUAAAGAUGAUAAAAUAGCGCUCCUUUUACCUGUGUCACUGCUGCCUGAGAGAAAGGCAGUAAAGGAAAGAAAAAACCAGGAAUUUGGGCCCAGAGAAUGCAGGUAAUACAGCAACAGCAGAUAAUAAUCAUAUAAAAUUAGAAUUAGAUUUCUGUAUCUCAUAUUUCUGCUAAGAACUUGCUAGGCUUCAUUUCCUUUCAGUCUAAAUCUGUAAAAGCUUAGAGUGAGUUGUGUAUUACUGAGGAAUACAGAAAUGCAAUGUUUAUGCUUAUUUCUUUAGAUGUCUCAUUUUUCUAGUGAAGACGAAGCUCUUUUGCAGUGUAUGCUCAGACAGUUACUGCAAAGUGUCAAAGAAAAAAUCACAGGAGCGCCAUCAGUAGAGUGUGCAGAAGAGAUUCUUCUACAUCUGGAGGAAACAGAUGAAAAUUUUCACAAGUAAUUUUUUUGAAAGUUUAUUUUUGUGUCAUCAUUGAACUGAAUAGUGACUGCUGAUCCAUGUGGGGAAACUUGCUGCUGCAGUUUUGCAGCUGAUGACUGGCAGUAUGCAAUGUUUUUGAUUGUGUGUUGUUAGAACAUUGCGGGUACUCAUACAUAUAAUGUUCCAGUCAGUUGAUUUUAGAAAUUGAGAUGUUACAAUCCUGCAGAUGUCUUUAAGAAACAAUUUUCAACUUAGUUAAAUGCUUGUCUGUCAUUCACAGGCUGUUUCUACCAAGCUACUCAUGUGGAAAGAAUUGUUGCUUGCCCCAGGUCUGUGGGCAAGCGGUUAAUUGUAAUAUAUUUUGGAAUGGGGAAAAAAUACUGAGCCAUCUGUACAAAUCUAGCAGGCUGCUUUGUGGCAUUAUGUAUAAUAACUGAAAACAUUUGUGAACUAUGGUUUUUGAGACAUUAGAUAUAUCUUUACAUUUUCCCUUUUUAUGUGUGUUUGAUAAUUUUGCAGCCAUAGGAUUAUGUACACUAAGUAUUUAUGGAGAAAUACUUUAUUUUUUCCAGUUGGCAGAUAGACCACAAAUGCUUUCAAAACUCGGUGUGAGUUAAAUACCUAGUUUCUUUUCACCUCUGCAAAUCUACUGUUAAAAAUCUGCUAAUCUUUCAUGACGCCUCUACAGCAGAGGUGGGGAACCUGUGGAAUCUAACAACCAGAUGUUUCAUCAGCCCCAGCCAGAGUGGCUGGUGGUCAGAGAUGAUAGAAGUAACAUCUGGAAGACCACAGGUUCCUAGACCAACUCCUGCUGUACAGAAUUCUAGCAGUAACCUGAUGAAAUACAGUUUAUGUAACAUUGAAAAUACAACAGCACAAAGUAAGUUAUACUUUACAUGUUUAUUACAGCUAUGAAUUUGUGAAGUAUCUUAGGCAAUAUAUAAGUAGCAUGCUGGGCUCCGUAAUAGAAGAAGAAACUGAGAAAUGUACAUCUGCACAGAAUCAGGGUGAAGGAUCUGGGUAUGAUACACUGGUACAGCAUGUUACUAAAAAGACUCGAGAAUCAAAAGAGUGAGUACAUGUACAAAACACAUGUAAAAACCUACAGUGUCCAAAAAGAAUGACUUUCUCAAAUGUUCUUUCCUGCUUAUACUUGAUUUUAUCGGUUCCUGGCACUGUCCUUCAGAAAUUGUGUUACUUCAUUAUUGUAACUCUUCUGAAAGAUUGACUUCAGAUUUGACAUUGUUUGUAAUAUUUCCUUGCUUAAGCCAGAAAAAAAUUAUUUUAUGCUGGCAUUAAAACUCAAACAAGUGGCCCUGCAACAAAAUACUGCAGUGUAGAAUACUGGUUUCCAGCCAUUUUAUCCUGUCCUCACCCCCCUGGUUUUCCCCUCCUCUCCUUGAACGUUAGCCAGCAUCCCAGGCCCACUGAACAUGCCCAGUCCUCACUAGGCUAAUUUUGGGUUGUUGUUUUUUCCUCUCCUCUUGGAUCUUUUUGAGGGUGGGGUGAAGUAGACGCGCUUGGUAUCCAAUUCCAGCUACAUUUAUUAUUUUUUCAGUCUAGUUUUUAAGUGUGAACCAGGAAUAUAUGUCUGCUGUAUGUGUCUCCUUCUGUUCCUGCAGCUCUAUUCUUCUCCCACCCAACUAUGUUAAUUUUUUCUCUGCAUCUCAAUAGUUCUGGUUGGCCACUAUGAGAACAGGAUGGUGACUAGAUGGGUUACUGGCCUGAUCCAGCAGAUUCUUCUAAUCUUCUUGGUUUGUGCUGUGGAGUAGUUCAGGGGCUGGGUUGUUGCUUUUUUGAAUGGGUGUCUCCCUUCCUUAGCUUUCUACCCCGCAGAGUUUUGGUACUUGUAUGUACCUCAGAAUUAUUCUGAGUCUGCCUAUACCUCGCUCAUGUGUCAGUGGUAUGAUUUUGAUUCCAUAAGUAUGAGCAUGGGAAGACUUGGUAUUAAUGUGCACCUCACAUUUCAUGCAUAUCCUGAGACACCUGUUCCUUCUGAAUGACUGUUUCUGCUACUUUGUUGAAACAAGUGUGCUAGGUACCAUGGAAUAAUGGCAUGGUGUCGCAAUCCUAUACAUGCAUACUCAAGGAGUAAGCCAAUUGGGUUCAGUGGUUCUUACUUCCAUGUAAAUGGAAUUGUAGCCAAAAUUGUAGGGUGUAAUUUGACCAGAAAUGUUGAGAAUAUAUAUCCUGCUUAAAGCUAAUUCAGAUGAAUUUGUACAAUAAGCUCUUUACAGUAAGUACUUUACCAAAGAAUGCAACCCACCCCCCCUAAGUUCAAAGUUUCCCCUCAUUUACAGUACAUUUUACAAAAUGUCUCUGGAAGGAAGCAGUGUAAUAAGUACAGCCAAUUUAUUAUCUGCAAGCCUUCACCAAAAAUUACUCUUUGGUGUUUUUUGGUGGUUUUUUUUUGUAUUUGUUGCAGUAGUUUUUUCUUCUGCAUCUUUUUUAAUGCUACUUUAAAGCACUGUGCUGCAGAUUACCACACUGUAACAAGCUAGAGGUAUGCACACAAUGAUUAUGCAUCUUUUCUACCUCUAAGAAGGGAUUCAGGGAGGGACUGUAAACUGUAAUCUAAUCUGGAGCCCGUCAGGUGGUCCAGUAAAAAGAUUUCGGUUAAGUGGGAUUUUCACUGUUCAGUGUAAUUACAUUGGUACUGUCGGAUGUGAGGACAUAUCUGUCCUUGGCAUUAAUUGGGGGUGCCUGUGUGAGCAUGACUGGUGCUUUUGUGUUCAUAGGUGGUAUUGGAUUAGGGUAUUAUGAUUAUCAACAAUUUCUGUGAAUAGUAGCAAAAUUAGAACUCAAUUAUAAUUAUUUACAAUGGGUAAGAAGUGCAUUCAAUAAAUACUAAUUACUGAAAUGUUUCUGUCAGCCCAGUUAGUUAUGAGAUUUUACCAAACAAAAUAUUACUGGAAGUGUUGAUCACUUUAAAUAUAGCCAGAUAACCUUCAGACAGUGGGAGAUUGCAAGACGAAUGUGAAAGUACCAAGGAUAAGGAGGACCCCUUGUAGAAAAGUUCAGUGAACCUCUAAUGAUGAGAUCAAUCUUAGGAACAUUUUAAUAGUACUUUCAAUGAUAUGUGGAUGGCCUUGUUCUGUGAGAGGAAAUUAGAAAUGUCAUUGUGAAAAACCUCGUUACUUAAUCAGUUCUUAAUUGCUUUUAUAAAUUAAUGUGUGGACUGCUGUAUUUUUAAUAAGCCAUUUAUUUACAUUUAGGAAUGCCAUGUCAGUUUUGAGCCAACCGCACAAAGAAAUAAUUUUUAGAGAGCACAGAUGAAUGCCAGGCUAUGUUCAUCCUUGUAGGGUAGCCUUUGUUUAUAUAAAAAAACCCCAAGGCUAUAUGCUGUUAUUUAGGAUUCUCAGUCUUCAUGGGAUUCUUUUUUAAGACUGUAAAGGGGAGUGACUAGGAAGGCAGUGUAUAAAAUCACAAAUAAAUAUCCCAUAUACCCUUUAUUUCACAGUACCCUUUCCCUUUUCACUGGGAGGACGGACUACUGAAUCUCUAGUGGGAGGGAGUUCCAUGACCUGGGCACUGCCAAGGAUAAGGCCCUAUCUUGCAUUAUUGAUACAUCUGUUGACAGGACCACGUUAAGGACCUACCCUGCAGACUACAGUGUCUGACUAGGCAGAUACAGGAAGAGGCAGUAUUUCCAGCAUUUGGGCUCUAAAUUGUUUAGGGUUUUAUAUGCUAGCAUUAACACCUUGAGUUGGGCCUGGUAGCAAAUGGGAAUUUAGUGCAAUUCCAGAAGGAUAGGAAUAAUUUAAUAAUAAUAGUACAGUAGUAGCAGUACCUUUUUUUGUCAAUGUUCAACCUGCAUACAAUGAAAUUAACCGAGCCUCCCCCGUCCCCCUAACACUCAAUCUCAUUGCACUCUGUGUGCUUGUUGCACAACACACCAACCCCGAAAGUCAGUUGCACUAUAUUAUUUUCCAUUCAGCAGCCUAACAGCCCACAGAUAGAAACUAUUUUUUAGCCUGUUGGUAUGACUGAUUACAGUGGUGCCCCGCAAGACGAAUGCCUCGCAAGACGGAAAACCCGCUAGACGAAAGGGUUUUCCGUUUUUCGAUGCGCUUCGCAGGACGAAUUUCCCUAUGGGCUUGCUUCGCAAGACGAAAAUGUCUUGUGAGUCUUGAGAUUUUUUUUCGCUCCCCCCCCCUUUUUCUAAGCCGCUAAGCCGCUAAUAGCCUUUUAGCAGCUAAGCCGCUAAGCCUUUAAUAGCCGCUAAACCGCUAAUAGCGCUAAGCUGCUUAUAGGGUUGCUUAGCAAGACGAAAAAACCGCUAGACGAAGAGACUCGCGGAACGGAUUAAUUUCGUCUUGCGAGGCACCACUGUAUACUUCUAUAUCUCCUGCCCGAGGGUAGAAGAUUAAAGAGGUGCUGGCCGGGGUGUGAAUCGUCCCUGAGAAUUUUUCUCGCUCUCCUAAGGCAACGAACCCUUGCGAUGUCAUCUAGUGGGCUCAGGGGACAGCCCAUGAUAUCAUGUGCUGUGUUCACCCCCCUCUGUAAAGACUUUAUCUCCGUGGCUGUCAAGCCAACGUACCACACUGUGAUACAAUAUGAGAGGACACUUUCUAUUGUGGACCGGUAGAAGGAGGUCAUCAAUUGUUGUUUAACAUUGUUCUUUCACAAGACCCUGAGAAAAUGGAGUCCCUGUUGGGGCUUCCCAACCACCUGAGUUAUAUUGUUUUUCCAAGUGAGGCCUUCACUAAGAUAAACUCCCAGGAAUUUAAAGGAAGAGACUCUCUCCACACUGAUGUACAACGGGGCUAGUUCCCCUCUCUUCCUCCAAAAGUCCAAGUAUAAUAUGAUAGUGUUCUGCUGCAGCUUCCAGACUGUCUUCAAUGGUAGCCCCAUGUAGAUUGCAUUACAGUAGUCAACUCUAGAGUUCAACAGAGCAUGGACUACUGCAGCAAAGCUGUUGCAAUCUAGGGAGGCAGAUCAACUUAAACUGAAGAUAGGCAUUCUUGGAACUGAGAUUAUUUGGGCCUCAAGCAACAAAACUGGUGUAGUCUUUGCAUCUGCUCCUACAGGGGAUAGUGGCUUCAUCCAGAACAGAUUUAUUCCCCACCUGCCCACAACAGCACCUUUGUCUUGUCAGAAAAUAUAUAGUACCUAAAAACACCCAAGGCAGCCUUGACUAGGUUUCCCAAAGAUAUGGUUUGUGGUUCAGCAAUACAGAGACUGUAUUUUCCUGUACUGUUGUUCUUUGGUCCCGAUACUGGCUUGGUUGGUUUGUAUCUGAAUGUAAAUCAGUUUGCUAUGGCAAUCUGUGACCUUUUCUAUUUUCCAGUUAAGUCUCCACUUUCAAGUUUAUUGUGUAAAAGUCCUUCAGUGAAUAGGUACUAACAUUUGUAUGGUUUCCCUCUCGUAUGGUUGGACAUCUCUGAAGGUAACUUCCCAACCAUUGCUUCCCCUUAAAAGUUUCUGUUCUGACUGCGAUGCUACCAGUGCAAAGCCCCCACAAAAAGAGACCAAUCACUUCCUAUUGACUGUACUUACCUAUCCACAACUAAGUCCCAUUGAUGUUCGUGCUUAGGAGUUCAGCCUUUGUGUAAUAAGAUUUGUCAACUUUAGUGUGUUUGUUUUUAUAACAUUUGUUCUGCUCUGAAGGUAUAGAGAAAUGAUGCAUUCUCUGAAGAAUGUUAUGAUGGUUGUAGUUGAAUCUUUAAUUAACAAGUUUGAAGAAGAUCAGAUGCGCUAUAAGGAAAUUCAGAGGAAGGUGAAAACAGAACAGCACAGCAGUUACUAUACAGAUAAUUGCUCUGAUAGUGAUUCUUCAUUUAAUCAGGUAUGGUCAAGUCUAUGUAAUCAUCUUGCUGGGCCGCCAUCUUUUAUGCGGUUGUAACAACAAGGGUGUAAGGGGAAGGCAGGGGUGUGGUAAGGAAUGGAAGAGUGACUAGCUGGCCAUAGUUGCCAUUCUAUCCUCCCCUGGGCUGGGCCUUACUUCCCUGCUGACAUAGAGCUAUGCCACCAAAAUAGCUGUCAUAUCUAAAUACACUCCCAUUAGAGUUAAUGGAGAGCCCUAGUUGGUUUCUGUGAUUUCAUCUUCAUGUUCCUCCUCUUGUUUGUUGCUGAUGAAAUCAAUGAGAAAUUCUUUUCUCUGACUUACACUGCCAGACUUGAGGCUAUAUUUUCUUUAAAUUGUUACUGCAAAAUCAAUAGAUAAAAUCCAUUCCAUUUAGAUCGAGGGCUGGAAGCCUAUUGGUUUUUAUGGGGUUGUAUUAUCUCCACUGAAAGUUAGAAUACCUUAUCUGAGGGCAUGCAUAGAAUUCUCACAGCGUUAAGAUUUCCCAACAACCUCAGUGCAGUUCUACACAUCUCCACUGUGUGCACAGGGUACUCACAAUAUUGAAGUCAGUUUAAGUUGUUGUUGGCAUCUCUGUGUCUCGAGACACAAUGGAGUGCUCCUCCAGGGGUGUAGCCAAACUGCUGUGUUAGCAGCACUGAAAUGACCUCCUGGAGGUGCAAGCCUGGGCAGUGUGUAUGGAGGUUCUGGGCUGCUCAGAUGACAAGACCCCCACUCUUGGCCUUGCUAUUAUGGCCCAACGGAAAGCAGAGCUAUACAUUUGAUACCAGAUUGGCUGCAGGAGUUGCUGGAAGGAGGCAUACAACCGCCUUAGGGCUCAAUACGCCGGAGCCUGUCUUCGCAUGCAGGCGGAAGUGCCUAAUUCACUAAUUCCAUCGGCUAUCUUCACUUGGUUUAGCUGGCCAGCUGUCACAUUCUGACAGCUUCUAGGAGCCACAAGUUAGAGCUGAGUGCAGGGUGGGAACCAAAGGUGUACAUGCACCCCAUACAAUUUAAGUACUAAGUCUAAUUACAGUAGUUUACUUCCCAGAGAAAAGUUAAUUAAUAUUCAAAAUGUUUACUAUGUACUUAAACCUUCUCAAUGAUUCCUCCAUUGUAGGGGUUAGACUAGAUGAUCCUAGGUUCCCUUCUAACUCUACAGUUCUAUGAUUCUGUGAUUUUUUUUACUGGGAGCAGCACCAUAAAGUUUAGGUCUUUCCAAAAUGCCUUACCUUUAUUUCUACAAAAUGUUAUGGUUGGUAAACCAUGUAUCACAUGUUGUAUAAUUAAAAAUAGAAAGGAUAUUAAAAAUAGAAAGGUAACAUUUUUUCCUUAUAUUUGAUAAUUAACAAUACCCCCCCUUAAUAUUUCAUUAAGAUAAUGUGAAUCCCAUAAAGAUAAUUUUUAUUUCACUUAUAAUAGCUAAUUAUUAUAGUUAUUAAUCUUUUUAAUUUAAUGAGUUACUUAAUGAUCAUUUUGCAAUGUGUUACAGAGUUAUACAUUCAUGAAUCAAGAACAAUUGCAACUACUGGUAGAAAGGCUUGAUCCGGUACAACCUAAGGAGGUGAGUCUAAAAGGCAAAUGGACACACCCACUUAGACAAUACUUUUUAUUUUAGCACAUCCUAAGCUCACAUUGCUUGAUUGAACUUGGAUAGUCUCAUUUGGAGGGGGCAUGAUUUGUUAUUAGUUCUUUAUACGCGUGUGGGCUUGAGACUUAGGAAGAGGAGGAAGGUGAGAUCUAGACUCUAAGGAAGGCAGAAGUAUGGAGGCAUUGUGCAGGAGAGCUAAAGGUGGACAACAUAUAGAUGAGGGUAGACUAUUCUAUGGUCCACUGGUUGUCCCCCCCCCCCCAUUGCACCAGAAGUGGUUUAGUCAUCCUGGCCACAUGACCCAGAAAGCUGUCUGUGGACAAACGCCAGCUCCCUCGGCCAGAAAGCGAGAUGAACGCCGCACCCCAUAGUCGCUUUUGACUGGGCUUAACCAUCCAGGGGUCCUUUACCUUACCGUGUGUGUGUGUGUGUGUGUGUGCACGCGCGGGUCAUCACAUUGGUUGAAGAUUUCUGUUUUGAUAUGAUAAUACUCUGUGAUUUUUUAAACCCAUAUCUUACCUUGAUGUUGCAGGUGCGUCAGGAAGCUAUGCAGACAUUGUGUUCUGCUCCUCCGUCUGAUAUAUUAAACUGUGAGAGUUGGGCUAAUUUACGUAAACAUCUUGCAACAGCACUUUCAGAUCCGGAUUCCAGUUUCAGUGUAAGGAAAUUAUUUUUUACCAUUCCUAAUGUAUCGCGUGAUCAUAAUUUAUAUAGUGUUCAAAAUCAAAGCACAUGCAAAGAUUUUACAUACCUUUCAGAAAUUCCAUGUAGAAAAGUGACUAUUGGGAUUUUAAAUGAAGCAGGCCAAGUACGUCUUUCUUUAUAACUACUACUUCUUCCUUGAAUAGCAUGCAUAAAAUUAUGUAUGCAGCGUUUUAAUUGUCCCUGUUGUGAUGCAGGGAUCAGGAAGCUUUUCUAUUUGGUAGGCUGAAUCCUGAGCUUCCCCACAAGCCAUUUUGACAGGUGAACAGAGCUGUCAACCUGUCAGUCACUUCAUACCAUUACAACAUCAGGUGGCAACUUCAGGCAUGCUCACUGUCAGUGAUAGUUCCUUACCUACCCCACACUUGUUGCCACAUAUGACAUGGUUUGGGGAAAACAGCCUUACGGGCCACAUUGAGAGCACUGCUGGGUCUCAUUUGGCCUUUGGGCUAUGUGGUGUUACACAUUUUUUGAAUGAAUGUAAAAUAACAAUAAUUAUUUAUUUAUUUAUUAUACCCCGCCCAUCUGGAUGGGUUUCCUCAGCCACUCUGGGCAGCUUCCAACAGGAGAUUAAAAAUACAUUAAGACAUCAGUCAUUAAAAACUUCCCUAAACAGGGCUGCCUUAAGAUGUCUUCUAAACGUUAGAUAGUUGUUUAUUUCUUUGACAUCUGAUGGGAGGGCGUUCCACAGGGCAGGUGCCACUACCGAGAAGGCCCUCUGCCUGGUUCCCUGUAAUUUUGCUUCUUGCAGUGAGGGAACCACCAGAAGGCCCUCGGCGCUGGACCUCAGUGUCCAGGCAGAACGAUGGGGGUGGAGAUGCUCCUUCAGGUAAACACGGAAAUAGAAAGCCUGCAGGACUAUAGCAAACCUGCCUUCCAAUAUAGUAAUAUAUCUAUAAGCUAUCUUAUUGUUUGAUACAGUGGUGGUGUGUUCUCCCAUCAAGGUAACUCCAGAUAUUGGGGGAGAGGUCCCGUAGGUACAUUUUGGCAUGGCCGCUAUACAACGUGUUUUGUGUAUACAGUCAUACCUUGAGUUGAAGUUGCUCCAGGUUGAGUGCUUUUGGGUUGUGCUCCGCAGCGACCCGGAAGUAACGGAAUGCGUUACUUCCGGGUUUCGCUGCUCGCGCCUGCACAGACAGUCAUAAUGACGUCACACGCAUGCGUGGAAGCGGCAAAUUGUGACCCGCAGAUGUGCAGACGCAGGUUGCAUUUGCUUCAGGAUGCGAAUGGGGCUCCGGAACGGAUCCCGUUCGUAUCCAGAGGUACCACUGUAUAGCCUGUUGUCUGUGUGUUUAUAUAUAGGCCCAAGUGCUUCAGCUGUCAAUAUAGGGAGUUAUGUUAUUAUAACAAUUUUCAGCUUUUGCACAAUACUCUAUUUAGAAUGAAAAGUCUACAGGUGCAUCUGGUGUAUGUUAGAGCUACAGAAGCCAGUGUGGUAUAGUGGUUAGUAUCAGGUUAGGACUAUAGAGACCCAGAUUUAAACCACCAUUCACUCAUGAAGUUCACUAGGUAAUUUUGGGCUACUGAUCGUCUCUCAGCAUAAACUACCUCACAGGGGUGUUGUGAGGCAGAAAGACAACAGUUCGAAACGCCUUCGAAGAAUGCUGGGUAAAAAAUGAAAUGAAAUAAAUUAACAAGUCAGAUGUUCUUUAUAACAUUGCUGCUGAUGCAGAACAUUGAAAUUCUGUUUAGAUUUUAUGAACUAGCUUUCAUUUUUACUGUUUCAGGACAAAGUUUUGAAAUUCUAUGCCAAGACAUUUUCUUCCUCUCCACUAAAUAUGACAAGGGAACUGUAUACAAGUUUGGGUAAGUUCAUUAAGUCAAAUGGAGAAAUGUUACUUGCUUUCUGUAGCCAGCAACCAUUUUAAAAAUUUGCCUCUUAAAUUAUUUGGCAAUUAUUUAUCUCUUUACAGCAAAGUAUUUAGAGAUGUACUUCCUUUCUGAAGAUAGUUAUGUUCCUACCAUAUCAAUAGGUAUUGAUAUAAGCAACCCAGAUAUAAUCCGUUUACUUAAAAAGGUACAAAUCAGUUUUCCCAUAUUUCUUUUUCAAAUUUAGUUAUUUUCCCCAUCCAGUCUUUAAAAAAAGCAAACAAGCUGUUUUUCUUUUAUUCAUAGAUACGUCUGCUAAAUGAGUACCAGAGGGAAGUACCAUCUUUUUGGAUUCGUCAUCCAGAAAAGUAUGUCACAAUUAUCAAAUUGUUUCCUUAGUUUUCAUUUGCCUGUUGCAAUUUCUUUGUGCUAAAUUUCUAAAAUCAGUGAUUUAUGAAACAUGAAAUUACUACUGCUACUCAUCUGUCUUUUGAUAGUGAAGUUUCUUGGUUCCAUUGCUUGCUGUCAUAAGUCAAUCUGUGUCUAUGAGGACAAAGUUCCUUGACUUAAAACUCCUCAAACCAACUAUUCUCUUUGUGCUAUUUAAUCUAUGCCAGUUACUGGUUUCCUGAUUUGGAUUCUACAGGUGACACUUCUGUUUCCUGUUUGGUGAUUUAGGAUCACAAUCACUUUCCCCUUUCAGCUGGUCUUCACAAUAUUUAAGCAUGGAGAAUGGUGUUCUGCAUACUCUAAAUUAUUAUUGCAGUUUAACUCAAAAAUGUAUUCACAGUACCCCAGUAAACAUACUCACAAUAUUGCUCAUUGUAACUUUCUUAAUCUCCUUUUGAAGGUGACUUUCUUUUGGUGUAAAAAAAAAAAAAAAAUAGUACAUACAAUUUCUUGACUUUAAAAAAUCAUAUUCACAGUAAAGUAGAAAAUAUUAAAAUGCAUCUGAUUUCUUUCCCUUUUCAAAUUCCUUUUUUGAAUGAUGGAGAGUCUAAAUACAAAGGGCAUCAGUAUGAACAUUGGGAUUUUAUUUAACAGCUCGUUCUUUAUAACAUAUUUAGGUACAUGGAAGAAAUAAUGGAGAGUACCCUGUCACUUUUGUCAGCAAAGCGUGAGUCAAGCCACCCUGUUUCUUUGGAUCCCGUGUACUUCUUGGCUCUAGUCGAUCUCAAGGCUGUUUGGUUUAAAAAAUGGAUGGUAAGCAAACGUAUUUAUUUUGCUGAUUGCAGCUUCUUCUGUUAGUCCUUCAAGGUUAUUGCUUUGUUGAUAAUGCCUUGAGCUAAUAAUCCUCUUAGUCCUUUUCUUCAAGAGGUUGAUAUUGAAUGUGUCAGUGUAAUGCAAUAGAUGAGAUAAGUUGCAAUUUCUGAGGAAUUGCACGGAAGGUUGCAGGUUUCUCCUUCAUCUGGCUUAUUGGGAAUGAUAUGGGCUCACCAGGAUAGAAUGCAACCCACAGUAACAUUUCAAACUAAACCAAACCAAGUUAAGAACAUGGCAGGAGGAGGACUACUUGUAUUUUAAAAACCCAAAAAAACUCGCACUGCAGGAAUACUAUAGCACUCUGCUAGCACAUGAUGGAUGUAACACUAAAUCCCACCAUAAGCAAAUUAAUUGCAUGAUCCCUACAGUGGAAAUGCAUCUUGGAGGCAUGGUGUCUGGACUGUGCUUAAGAAAUAGAUGACUUAAUCUAUUACACAUGUGGAACGUGCCCUUGUUUUAGAAGGCUGUAGAGCAGGGGUCAGCAAACUUUUUCAGCAAGGGCCAGGUCCACUGUCCCUCAGACCUUGUGGGGGGCCAGACUAUAUUUUGGGGGAAAAACAACAAAAAAUUCCUAUUCCCCACAAAUAACACAGAAAUGCAUUUUAAAUAAAAGCACACAUUCUGCUCAUGUAAAAACACCAGGCAGGCCCCACAAAUAACCCAGAGGUGCAUUUUAAAUAAAAGGACACAUUCUACUCAUGUAAAAACACGCUGAUUCCCAGACCAUCUGUAGGCUGGAUUUAGAAAGUGCUUGGGCCGGAUCCGGCCCCCGGGCCUUAGUUUGCCUACCCAUGCUGUAGAGCGUGGAUGGUGAACUGGGGGCUCUCCAUAUGUUGGACUGAAACUUCCACUACCCCUGACCAUUGGCCAUGCUGGCUGGGGCUAAUGAGAACUGAAAUCCAGCAACAUCCACCCCUGCUGUAGAGUAUGGGUAGAAUUGUCCUUGGUGUCAACAGGCAGUAGUCAAAAUGAAAUUAAAAUAGUGCUGUAGGUUUACAGACAAUUCGAACUAUGUUUUCCAGUAAAUACAAAGCACUUAUUUGCUUCUCUACACACCUAUCUACAACCCAAUAUAUACUAACAUGGACUAGGCACUGUGGGUUAAACCACAGAGCCUAGGACUUGCAGAUCAGAAGGUCAGUGGUUCGAAUCCCUGCGACGGGGUGAGCUCCCGUUGCUUAGUCCCUGCUCUUGCCAACCUAGCAGUUCGAAAGCAGGUCAAAGUGCAAGUAGAUAAAUAGGUACCACUCUGGUGGGAAGGUAAACGGCGUUUCCGUGCGCUGCUCUGCUUCGCCAGGAGCGGCUUAGUCGUGCUGGCCACAUGACCCGGAAGCUGUACGCCGGCUCCCUUGGCCAAUAAAGUGAGAUGAGCACCGCAACCCCAGAGUCAGUCAUGACUGGACCUAAUGGUCAGGGGUCCCUUUACUUUUAACUUCAGAACUUAUUGUGCAAUUUUGAUCUUGUAAUUAGUUGAAAAAUAAUUGAAUCAUUUUGAUUUUUUACUCAGUGCUUUAAGUGUAAUGUAUGUAUGUUUUGUCAUUUUAGCAUGCAUAUUAUAGCAGAACAGUGGUGCUAAGGCUACUUGAAAAAAAAUACAAAUCUUUGGUAAGUCUGUUUUUUCAUCAGUCAAUAUCCUUUCUUAUCAAUACAAGGAACAAAGUACAUAUCAAUUACAACUGAACCAAGACAUAUCUUAAGAUAUUACAUACUCCUUAAUUGAUUUUUGUUUAUCAAUAUGGCCAUUUAGGAAGUUCAGUUUCACAUUCUAAAUAUGAUGUUCUGCAGAGACUUUAUAAUUUACACUACUGCCUGUAUAUACUUCUACCAACUCAAAAUUCAUGUGAAAAGGGUCAAAUGCAAAUUUGCUAAUGAUGUGAGUGAAGUGAAUCUUCAUUAAUAAAGGGAAUUGUGCAAUAGGCAUUUCCUGUGAAUUUUGUUAUACCUUGUUGUUUUAUUUGUCAGAUUAUUGCAUCUGUUGAGCAGUGUGUUUCCUAUCUUGAAACUUGUGAAUCAGUGGUUGAUAAAACAGGCAGGUUUAAUUCUUUCUCCACACUGCAUAAUGGUAAGUAAUUUUUCCAUAUGCUGAAUAAUAUAUAUUUAUUUGACGUCUUCUUUUUUGCUUACAUUUUAAUAAAAUAUGUAGCAGUGUUCCAGUAGUGCUUUUUAUGACAAAUGUUCAGAAUAUGUUCUAUCUCAGAAUUUCUAAAUAACAUUUCAACUGUGUGAGGCUUCCCUCCCACCUAGAAAUGGCAAAUCCAAUUUUUAUUGGUGGUUGCAUUUUUUGUGAUCUUGGCAGUUUUCUUUAUAAAUACAUUAUUGUCCAUGAUAGAAGUGAUUGCUUGGACUCUAGUAUACAAGAACGAAGCAAGAGACAGCACAGGUUUAUUGACAUGAACUGCCUUGUCUUUCAAGGUAAUAAACAGAAGAAUUUUUACACUGGAAAAGAAUUGCAGUAUAUAUAUUUUGUUCAUUCCCUGAGCCUCUUAGGAAGAUUGUUGAUAUAUAAACAAGGCAGAAGACUGUUUCCUAUUCAGCUGAAAAACAGAAAAGGUAAGUGCGUGUUAAAGAACACAGAAGCAUAGAAACAUGACAGUGUGUUCUAUUAGGGCCAUUUUUCUAAUGCUUUUUCAGCUUUGGUUUGUUGUUUGUGGGAGAGGGCUUAUAGGUAUCCAAAAGAGAUUGUACAACAGGGUGUAAAUUAUGUGGCGUAAAUUAUGUAAGCAGGACAGUUAUUGGAGUGCCUGGUGCAUUAUCCCAUGCUGUUCUAUAUAGAAGUAUCACACAUAAAUUCCUGUCUCACUAUUUUUAUCUGGAUUUUUUAAAACCUAUUUAUAACAAAACUUUGUUGUUUUCUGCAACAGUGGCGAAGCUGAGAUGUUUAUCAAAACUAACAUAGUGACUCGAUUUGGACAUAAUGCUAAACCAUAGCUUAGUGCAGUGUAAACAACCUUCGGUUCCUGCACUUUUAUUCUCUUCAACCCAUCUUUCCUGAGGUGGAUUCAAGGAAGCAUGUGUUUUCUGUUUUCAACUAACUGGUGUUUAUUGUUAUGUCCAAACCUUGGGAGUGAAGGGAAGUUACCAGAUCUGCUAGUGUGCCAGUUCACAAAUUUGCAUGGACACAUCUAUUGUGGAAAAAUGGGGAAAUUAGAAUACAGCUUUUGAGUUCUUUGCUGGAGACAAUGACAGGCACGCGAGACAGAAUUGCAUUUCAUUGGAAUACCUUUCUUCCUUUGGGGAAGUUAUCAUGGCUCAGUAAGAGAACUGACAUCAAUGGAACUGGAAUUCUGGUUAGUUUAAACUAUAGUUAGUUGUAAUAAGACAACAUCGAAUGACAGUUUAUGAUUCUCCAAACAUGGCAUAGUUUAAAUUAACCAGUUUCCCUAGGUGGGAUGUAACAAAACUAGGUCGUUUAACCCGCAAUUGUCGUAUUUUCCACCUCCUGCUGUUGUACUGGAAGAGGAGGGUGAGGACAAGUGCCUGGGGCUCACUUGUACUUAUUCAUGCAGCGCUGACUUAUGGUUUUUCCAAGGCAGGUUGGUUUAUGGCUAUGAAGAAGUACACAUUAUCAUCUUGCACAAUUAUCUAAAUAUUCUUCCAUCUGUCCUCCUUGGCCUGUGGCUGUUACAAAAAAAGUUUGAUUACAUUAUUUUCCAGGAAGGAAAACAUGAACCCAACCGUUUAUUUGACAUUGCUGGAAUAGCUCUACCAGUAAUAAAUUAAAUUAAAUGGUUUCUGUCUGUGAAGCAGUUGGAAAUGGAAGAAAAGCUACAGCAAUUUAACUUAAAUUCUUAUUCAGGUAUUCGUUUGUUGUUCCUAAUUAAAUUAUAAGUAACAUGAAGUUAUUUCCCCCAUUCUCAUUUUUGUAGAUUUGAUGUCCUUGACAGACCUUGUCGUAAUGUUUACUCGUCUUAUCUAUUGCGCCCCAAAUUGCCCAAAGACUCUUACAGUGCAUUCAGGUAACAUUGCCCUUUGUAUUUGCUCUGUUAUUCUUUAAUUUUCUUCUUUGUGAAUAAAGGUUUGUUCACUUCCAUAUUUCUUAAUCAUUUCUGUGUCUGUAGACACCAUGACAUCAUAUUUAAAGUGAAAACUGAAUGACUCUUCACAUCUGAUGGGUAUUUGAAGUGGUGGGCUUGGCAAGAGGGAAGAAAUAUCACUUGCUUCUUUUCCUUUAUCUGAUUGUGUUGCUCACUCUGUUGUUCUUUACUAUUUUGAAACAAGUCUCUUUUUAUUUGUCAGGCAAUUAUUCUCCAGCAGGCCUUAUUACUGAUGUGCUCGGAAUUCUUUGUGAGAGAAAAGAAUGUGCAACUGAAUGUCUAUAUACUAAUACAGUGAUAGAAGCACUUCUUCAGCCAAUACAUUAUUUACUGAAUGGAACAGAGGUUGGUUGUAUUUCCUUUAAAUAAACAUGAAUAAAACUUAAUGUAGAAAAAAGUAAUGGCUGUGAUCCAUUUAAUUGUCAGUCACAAUGUGGUUUUGCAUAUAACUAGUGAAUGGAGAUGUGCAUUGCAAAAUAGUGAGAAUUGCAUUGGGGACAUUGUGUCUGUAUCUGUUUCAAUACAGCUGUGCACACCACAGUGAAAUAAAACAUAUUGUUGCCUGGGCUAAGCUGUAAUGAAUUACAAGAGACAAAGUUAAAAAUGGAGCUUGGGAUUUGUGGGGAAAGGAGACAGGGAAGAUUAUGAAGAAAGCUGCAUUUCAUGUAAGUCAAGGGCAGCUAACCUAUAACCCUCCAUUGUUGGAUUCCAACUUCUAUCAUAAGGAAUAUUGAGAAUUAUAGUCUAUUGACAUCUGGAGAGUCAUAGGUUUCCAUCCUUGUUUCAGUAAGAGAAGGAAUGUGGAAUUGGCAUGCUAGUCUAUUUUGGAAGUUAGCCCCAUCUGUUUCUAUUUUAUAUUUGAAAUAAAUGUUAAUUCGUUUUGAAGGGACUUUGGAUUCUUCUGUUCUUGUUUGUCAGUUAACAUUUAGAUUUAUUCUCACAGCUACUUUUAGCUAAAUACAAAUCAGCAGUAUCAUUUACAACUGUAUUGUUUAAAAAAAAUCAAAAAAUCAAAGCUCCAUUGACAUAAGCUGGAUUAUAAUGUAAGAAUUCCUCAGUCUUGUUACAUUAAUUUGCCUUUAGUUACACAAGGUUUGUAGACAAAAGUCUCUAUAAAACAUUAAUCUUCAGAAUUUUUUAAAUGUAUGUGCAGGUGCAUCUCAAUUCUCCUGAAACAACUCUAAUACAUAUAGCCGAUAUUUUGGCAAGGAUUGCUGCUGCAGACGAUGGUCUUUCACUCCUUCUCUAUGGAGGAGAGAAGCCCUCUGCCAUGGAGGGUGGUAGGUAAGAGAAUGUGUUUUAAAAGAACAAAAACAGUGUUAUGAAAUAAGUUCUUGUCUCUCAUAUCUAAUUAGUUGUAUAUAAGUCUUGAGAGAAGCUUCCAUGAUUUGAAUUAUAAAAUAAACAGCUUGCAUGUUUUGUUGUUUAUGCAAAUGUACCUAAGGAGAUAGCUCCCACACCUGUAGAAAACAGUCUGCAUUCAAUACCUGAAUGGUCCGUACACUGUAAUUUUCAUGUUAUUUCUCAUUAGUCAUGCUUUUGUUUCUUGGCUUAAAGUAUUACUGCAUUUGGUUGUAAUGAUAAACUAUGAUUUCUUGUUACGUCAACAAACCUUAGGCUUGUGUACUCUCACCUACCUGCUCUCCAUAAGAGUAUAGCAGAAGGUUUCAUUUCUGUUUUAAACUAACCGCAAUUAAACAUUGUGUCUGAACCCAGACAAAUGUAGAAUUAACUAAUGUUUACUGUUUAUUGAAUUCAGUGGCAAACCUUGGAUUAAUGAGGUUGGCUUGCUGCAGUAGUAGCUAAGACUUAACUACAGUUUAUGAUUUGGAUGUAUCAUAAACUGUGGUUAAUCAACAAUCAAAGUGGAAUGCUUCAGUCUCCAGAGCAUUCUGGGGAAGGUGGCAUGUAAGAUGAAAUAGUUAAAGGAACAUAUUCCCAAUUAAAUUGAAGAUGUGUUUCUGCUAUCCUGGGAAAUGUGGAGAUAUGAAAAUUGUGUGCUUCUCAGAAUACAUCACCACUUUCACAGCAGUAUAAAUGCCUUCAUACACCUUCCCUGAGCCAGGUUGCUCUGUCUUAAAAAUGAACACAGACAUUUCUAAAUAGUUGAGAUCAUACCUAUUUAGCACCUGGUAUCAUUGAUUAUGUCCUGUGGGUUGAUAUAAAUCAUAUGUAAAACUAAUGGAGUUCUUAAAAAAAAAAAAAAGAAUGUAAAAAGGAAAAACUUGCAAAUGCAAUAUCACUUUCUUAACAAAGAGCAGCUAUGGCAAAGGGACCGAUCUGCAUUAUGACCACGAUCCAAAUGAAUUGGGUGGGAAGGUGGUGGUGUAGAGAGUUAUAUAGAUGUUAUACAGAGAGUUAUACAACAAUAUGGUUUCAAUAUGGAUUGGGUCUUGCUGUUGCUUAUUUGUUAAGAAACUGACAUGCCAAGUCAUGCUGCUCAAACACAUGGUGGAUGUGUAGCUUCACUAAGAAUAAAGCAGUUUUAUAGGUGAUCUCUGUGGAAGGGGGAGAGAAGCCUUCCUACUUUGUUUUGCUCAUGUUUGUUCCCAUCUUACGUGGGAAGAUGAUAGGCAGUAAGUCUUUCUUUAGGCCAAGUCUCAGCAUAUUGUAUAAGCAGAAGAAGGAUUAACAUUUCAAUUACUAACUGAAAAGCUUUAUUUCAUCAUAAUUCUGCCGAAUCAAUAAAACAUUGUUUUUUGAAAUGUUUCAUUCUUUGUAGCCUUAGGGGUGCACAUACUAUUGUUCAGUUUACAAAGAAGCUUCUUGAUGAAGACAUUUCUGUUCUUUCUGGGUCUGAGAUGUUGCCAGUGCUCAAAGGUGCUUUCAUCUUUGUAUGCCACCAGAUGUAUAGUACUUGCGAAGGCUUAGAGGUGUUGCUACCUUACCAUUUACAUGGAUCUAUUUCUGAGGCUUGGAAAAAGGUAGUCCUAUCCUUGUUUAUACAAAGCAUAUAUAUAUAGAAGUUAUGCAAAGGAUGUUUAUGUUUGCUUGUGUGUGCAUCUGUUCCCAAAGGGUACUUUUUAUGCUGAAAAUGUAAUGUAGUACAGAUUUUAUCAUGGAAGUGGCACCUUAACAUUAUAAUAUCCCAAAGAUGAUUAUUAGUUUUCCCCUCUUUGUAACAAGCAUAGCAAAGAGGGAGGGGGAGCAGCAAUUUCUCUUGGAUCCCAACACUGUGCACGUGUACAGUGGUACCUCGUGUUACAGACACUUCAGGCUAUAGACGCUUCAGGUUACAGACUCCGCUAACCCAGAAAUAGUACCUCGGGUUAAGAACUUGGCUUCAGGAUGAGGACAGAAAUCGUGCAGUGGCAGCGGGAGGCCCCAUUAGCUAAAGUUGUACCUCAGGUUAAGAACAGUCUCAAGUUAAGAACGGACCUCCAGAACGAAUUAAGUUCUUAACCCGAGGUACUGCUGUAGUUAAAAAAUAAGCAAAUCUUGUCCUCUCAGGCUGUGGAAAAUAUUGCCAGUAUAGUAUACAGAUGUGUACAUUCUAAUUUAUAUUAUAUGUGAAAUAGGCUUGAAUAGAUGUUGGGAGCUUGAAAUGUUUUUUAAAGUUGGCAAGUAGAUCUGUUUGUUAAUCUUCAUUAGUCAUGAAAAGUCCAGUGCUGCAUUUCUUGCAUGCAUUGCUUUUGGUUCCAAGAGUUACAUUAGAAACAUUCACCAAGUAACUUCAUGAUGCCCAUAAGCUGGUCAGUGCCCAGCGCCCCACUAUCACACGGGGGGUUGCUGCUGCAGCAGCUGUUGCUUCUCACCUUGCACAUUUGCAAGCUAGUUUAUCUGGUGGUAUCAGGAUGUAUUAUUAGGUUAUUAAUGUAAGUGGUGAAGGAUCCAAGCAUCCAUUUGGCUCUCUGGUGCAUUGCAGUGUUGCUGCAAUUGGGUAAAGCACCCUUGGAAGCAGGUAGCUGGCAGGUUUCUUUAACAGGCAUAUCUGGCAGUGGUGCUAUAAUGGUCUGGGAAACUAGGCACCCACCAUCACCCCUGCACACAAGUGGGUUUAUCAGACAGCAGAAACAGCAUUGUCAUUACCACACCCAUUGCAGCACCCCCACCAACAAUGGCCAAGCAGUGUUGACUGAUAACUGCAGUAAUGUCACUGCUGGGGUCCAAAAUGAUGGUAGGCACUCAGAGAAAGGCCCUCCAACAAUCUGCAGAUAUGUCUGCCCUUAAGAUAUUUCUGAUGCUUAAUCAAAUAGCCUUAUCAUACUAUGUUGUUAGCUAUCAUAAUUUAGAUUUGCUACUGUUGCUAACAGUAAAUUUAUGUAAUUUGCUUUUCAUUUCUGAUAGACUAGUUUGCUUUCGGAGAGAAUUCCAACGCCUGUUGCGGGGGCAGAUUGUGUAUCAUCAGCAAGUCAAGAAUCACAGAGCUUGUAAGUACUAGUUUGGGUUACCUGCUCAGAAAAGUCCUCAAAGCUGCAACAUGGGGGUUAGGUAACAUUUAAAAAUGGGAAAUCUUUCUGAUAAAGCUGUAUUGCUGUUACCAGGCAGAGUCAACAGCAAAGUUCUGCAUGGGAAAAUAAAAUACAGUUUAGUGGCUCGCACAGCCUCUUGCUUCCCUUUCCCUUUGCUUGCUCUGUCUUCCUCACUCCCUAUUGUUUCUCCCAUUUCUUCUCUUUGAUUUCUGUUUCCUCUUUCACUUGUCCUGCAGUUUCCCCUUUUUUCUGCUAUGAUUUCCACCCCUCCCCUCUCAUUUGCUUUUCAGCUGUCCAGUAUGUUGUCAUUUCUGCCUUCAUCAGCCCUCCAUAUUUUCAGUCUUACUGUUCCUGUCAGCUACAUCUGCUUCCUCUUUUUCAUCUGCCCCCAUCCCUGUUUUGUUUACUAAUAUUAUUGUUGCUUUUCUUGCUCCUUUGUUUUCGAUUCUUAACACAUUCAGAAAGGAAUCUUCACAGUGGCUUUUUGACAUCUGUCAUGCAAGCCUCACAUGGGAAAGGACCUGGGUGAGGGAGGCAUAUGGUACAUGAGAUGCAGUUUUAGUGGUUGGGGUGCAAAUGUGUCCACUUUUAGGCCCCCCCCCAUUUUUUCUACUUCUGCAUAGCAUAUAGUUCUCCUGAAUAUGAACAUCUUUCCUCUUCUUUGGGUGUGUGUAGCUAUCAGCUUUCACCGCUGAAUGUUACUAUUGUAGAGAUAAUUAUUAUUUAUGUGAUUUCUGCAUUUUAAGAACUUCUGAAUUCCAGAUGUCGAUACAGUGCUUCAUACUUUUUAUUUUCAAUCACUUGUUCCCUAAGCCUAUAUUCCUAGAAAUGGGAAUCUGGCAUAUUAUUUUUUCAUAAUGAUGACAUGUAACAUGCAAAUUGAAACAGGCUAUAAAUUCUGUUUCGCUUUUAUAAGCUGUCAUUUUUCCAUGCAAGAUGUAUUGGCCAAGGCAAUGAAGACAUCACAGUUUAUGGGUAUAUAUUAAUUACAAUUGGUUUAAAUCAUUUUCAACAGGCAUUUUUCUUUUUUGUAAUGUCAGCAUCCACUGACUAUUUAUAAAAUGAAGUGAGUCAUUUUACUGUCAGACUAUAAGACAGCAAUCACUUUAUUUUUAAAAAUAUGUUGCUUACAAUGAUAAUUCGAUAGAAAAAAAAUCUAGCAGCAUAUAAAUGCAUUUUUAAAAAGUAAGCACUGUAUAAUAUAAAAUCAUGUUUAAUAGCUUUUGAAGUGACAUUUUUAAAGUUUUGAUUAAAACAUAAUUGAUAUAUCAGCUUUCAUGUGACAAUACCUAACAUACCUAAAACAUACAGUCAUGGGAAAAAAGAAAGUGCACCCUCUUUGAAUUCUGUGGCUUUACAUAUGAAGACUUAAUAGCAAUCAUCUGUUCCUUAGCAGGACUUAAAAUUAUGUAAAUGCAACCUCAGAUGAACAAUAGCAAAUGGCAUAUGACACUGUGUCAUGAUUUAUUUAACAGAAAUAAAAUGAAAAUGGAAAAGCUAUGUGUGAAAAACUAAGUACACCUUAUGAUUCAGUUGCUUGUAGAACCACCUUUAGCAGCAAUAACAUGAAUGAAUCAUUUUCUGUAGGACUUUAUCAGUCUCUCACAUCAUUGUGGAGGAAUUUUGGCCUGCUCUUCUCUACAACGUUGCUUCAGUUCAUUGAGGUUUGCUGGCAUUUGUUGAUGCACAGCGCUCUUAAGGUCCCGCAGCGCAUUUCAAUUGUAUUGAGGUCUGGACUUUGACUGGGCCAUUCAUUCUAUUCUUUUUCAGCCAUUCUGUUGUAGAUUUGCUGGUGUGCUUGGGAUCCUUGUCCUGUUGCAUGACCCAAUUUCAACCAAGCUUCAGCUGUCAGGCAGAUGGCCUCACAUUUGACUGUAGAAUACUUUAGUAUACAGAGGAGUUCAUGGUUGACUCAAUGACCACAAGUUCCCCAAGUCUUGUAGCUGCAAAAUAAGCCCAAAUCAUCACCCUUCCAUCACCAUGCUUGACGGUGUGAGGUGUUUGUGCUGAUAUGCUGUGUUUGGUUUUUGCUAAACGUGGCACUGUGCAUUAUGGCAAAACAUCUCCACUUUGGUCUUGUCUGUCCAAAGGACAUUGUUCCAGAAAUCUUGUGGUUUGUUAAGAUGCAACUGAACUAAUCUGUUCUGCCAUGUUCUUUUUAGAGGGAAGAGACUUUUUCCUGGCAACCCUUCCCAGCAAACCAUACUUGUUCCGUCUUUUUCUAAUUGUAUAUGAACUUUAACAUUUAAUGUGCUAGCUGAGGCCCGUAGGGCCUGAGAUGUAAUUCUUGGGGGUUUUGCAAUUUGAGCACUGCACGGUCUGCUCUUGGGAUGAAUUUGCUAAGACAUCCACUCCUGGGAAGAUUGCACCUGUCUUGAGUGUUAUGUUUUCCACUUUUGAAUAAUCUUUUUCACUGUGGAAUGAUGGACUUAAAAUUGGUUGGAGAUGGCCUUAGAACCCUUCCCAGUUUCAUGGGCAGCAGCACUUGCUUCUCUAAGAGCACUGUGCCGUAUUUCCUCCUUGGCAUUUUGUUAAAACACACCUGAAUGCUCCAGACCAGAAAACUGCUAAAACUUUGGCUUUUAUAGAGGUGGGCACACUUACUGAUGAUAAUAAUAAUAAUAAUAAUAAUAAUAAUUUAUUAUUUAUACCCCGCCCAUCUGGCUGGGCUUCCCCGGCCACUCUGGGCGGCUUCCAAAAGAAUAUUAAAAUACUAUAAUACAUCAAACAUUAAAAGCUUCCCGAAACAGGGCUGCCUUCAGAUGUCUUCUAAAAGCCUGGUAGUUGUUGUUCUCUUUGACAUCUGGUGGGAGGGUGUUCCACAGGGAAGGCGCCACUACCGAGAAGGCCCUCUGCCUGGUUCCCUGUAACUUGGCUUCUCGCAGUGAGGGAACCGCCAGAAGGCCCUCAGUGCUGGACCUCAGUGUCCGGGUAGAACGAUGGGGGUGGAGACGCUCCUUCAGAUAUACUGGACCAAGGCCGUUUAGGGCUUUAAAGGUCAGCACCAACACUUUGAAUUGUGCUCGGAAACGUACUGGGAGCCAAUGUAGGUCUUUCAAGACCGGUGUUAUGUGGUCUCUGCGGCCGCUCCCAGUCACCAGUCUAGCUGCCGCGUUCUGGAUUAGUUGUAGUUUCCGGGUCACCUUCAAAGGUAGCCCCACGUAGAGCGCAUUGCAGUAAUCCAAGCGGGAGAUAACCAGAGCAUGCACCACUCUGGCGAGGCAGUCCGCAGGCAGAUAGGGUCUCAGCCUGCGUACCAGAUGGAGCUGGUAAACAGCUGCCCUGGACACAGAUUUGACCUGUGCCUCCAUGGACAGCUGUGAGUCCAAAAUGACUCCCAGGCUGCGCACCUGGUCCUUCAGGGGCACAGUUACCCCAUUCAGGACCAGGGAAUCCUCCACACCUGCCCGCCUCCUGUCCCCCAAAAACAGUACUUCUGUCUUGUCAGGAUUCAACCUCAAUCUGUUAGCCGCCAUCCAACCUCCAACCGCCUCCAGGCACUCACACAGGACCUUCACUGCCUUCACUGGUUCUGAUUUGAAAGAGAGGUAGAGCUGGGUAUCAUCUGCAUACUGAUGAACACCCAGCCCAAAUCCCUGAUGAUCUCUCCCAGCUUCUUCAUGUAGAUGUUGUAAUGCUUUGGGAGAGGACAGAACCCUGAGGCACCCCACAAGUGAGGGCCCAGGGGUCUGAACACUCAUCCCCCACCACCACUUUCUGAACACGGCCCAGGAGGAAGGAGCGGAACCACUGUAUAACAGUGCCCCCAGCUCCCAGCCCCUCAAGACGGUCCAGAAGGAUGUUAUGGUCGAUGGUAUCAAACGCCGCUGAGAGAUCCAGCAGAACUAGGAAACAGCUCUCACCUUUGUCCCUAGCCCGCCGGAGAUCAUCAACCAGUGCGACCAAGGCAGUUUCAGUCCCAUGAUGAGGCCUGAAUCCCGACUGGAAGGGAUCCAAAUGGUCCGCUUCUUCCAGGCGUGCCUGGAGUUGUUCAGCAACCACUCGCUCAAUCACCUUGCCCAAGAAUGGAAGAUUUGAGACUGGGCGAUAGUUGGCUAUCGUGGCCGCAUCUAAAGAUGGUUUUUAAGAAGCGGUUUAAUAACCGCCUCUUUCAGCGGGUCUGGGAAGGCUCCCUCACGGAGGGAAGCAUUCACCACCCCACGAAGCCCAUCGCCCAGUCCUUCCCGGCUAGCUUUUAUAAGCCAGGAUGGGCAAGGAUCAAGGAGGCAAGUGGUUGGUUUCACUCGUCCAAGCAGCCUGUCCACAUCCUCGGGGGUAACAGAUUGGAAUUGAUCCCACACAACUUGACUAGACAGGACUCUAGCACUCUCCCGCCCCGGCCCUGCUCCCACGGUGGAGUCUACCUCUUCUCGAAUCUGAGCGACUUUAUCUGCAAAAACUUUGCAAAGUCAUUGCAGGAGAUCAUGUGGCCGCUACUGGGCCCUGAUGGAGCAGGUGGUUCCGCUAAAUUGCGAACCACCUGAAAGAGUCUCCUGCUGCUGUUUUCCGCAGAUGCAAUAGAGGCGGUGAAGAAAGUCUUCUUCGCCGUCGCUAUCGCCACUUGGUAGGCUCGACAUUGAGCUCUAACCCGUGUCCGGUCAGAUUCAGAAUGGGUUAUCCGCCACCGGCGCUCUAGCCGUCUCAACGAUUGUUUCAUUGCCCUCAGAUCCGUGGAAAACCACGGGGCUGUCCGGACUCCAUGCAAUCGGAGAGGGCGCUUUGGAGCCAAACAGUCAAUAGCCCUGGUUAACUCCACAUUCCAGCGGGCCACCAGGGAAUCAGCUGAAAGGCCAUCAACAUGGGAUAAAACAUCCCCUACCACUCUCUGGAAACCAUUUGGAUCCAUUAAGUGGCGGGGGCGGACCAUCUGAAUCGGUCCCGCCUCCCUGCAGAGGGGAAGGGUCACGGAGAAGUCCAGUUGCACCAGGAAGUGAUCUGACCAUGGCACUUCUUUGGUUUCGCUUUUACUUAAUGUCAGAUCACCAACAUCCAUAGAGGUGAACACCAGGUCUAAGGCAUGCCCGUGGCUAUGAGUUGGGCCAGACUUAUUCAGGGACAGCCCCAUGGAGGCCAUGCUUUCCACGAAGUCCCGAGCGGCCCCUUGUAAGGUCGUGUCGGCAUGGAUGUUAAAGUCCCCUAGGACAACCAAACUAGGUGUCUCCAGGAGGACAUCCGCCACGACCUGAAGCAGCUCGGGCAGGGAAUCCUUGGUGCAGCGGGGAGGUCGGUACACCAAUAGGAAUCCUGUACUGCUCCUAUUGCCCAACUUCCAGAACAUGCACUCAGAGAACUGGGUCUUUCCAAUAGGACGCCCGGUGCAAACUAAUGACUUCCUAAAAAUCACUGCAACCCCCCCUCCCCGCCCACAAGGCCUGGGUUGCUGUGCGUAAGAGAAACCUGGUGGACAAGCAGCGGCAAGGACGGGCCCAUCUGCUUCAUCCAACCAGGUCUCUGUCACACAUGCCAGGUCAAAUCCUCCAUCCACAAUCAGGUCGUGGAUGGCAGAGGUUUUAUUCAUCAUUGACCUGGCAUUGCACAGCAACACUUUCAGGUCAUGUGGGUUUCCCUUGUUGAUUCCAGUAUCCUUCCGGUCAGGACCAGACCUGGAGGCAGGGAUAGUCCUCAAACAACGACUAAGCCUGCUUCCUCGGUAAUGACAUGGUCUGGUCUUAGCGUAACUCCUCCUCCUACCCGUGAUCACUGAGAUCGGUUGUCCGAGUGCAUCCCCCCCUGUGGAACCUGCCCCAGCCAUUUUGUUUGCUGGGACCCACUCCCAGGCAGCCCUUAAGCAAGCACAUUUGAUUAGCAGCAUCUGUCUGCUACUUGGCCUCUUAAUUCCUAUGGAUGCAGUAAUGGUGUACUUAGUCUUUCAUGCAUGUUUUCUCCAUUUUGGCUUUAUUUCUGUUAAAUAAAACUUGACAUGGUGUAAUAUGUCAUUUGUUAUUGUUCAUCUGAGGUUGUAUUUACCUAAUUUUAAGACCUGCUAAGGAACAGAUUAUUGUUGUUAUGUCUCCAUAUGUAAAACCACAGAAUUCCAUAUGUAAAACCGCACAUUCUUUUUCCCAUGACUGUACUGAUAUAUAAGAAAUUUGUACAUUAGUAGCCUCAAAAUGUGUGUGUGUGUCACUGAAUAUAGGUAGCUUUUGGAUACCUGUAUCAAUAUUAGAGAUACUCUAUAUUUCAGAUUUCACUUUCUAUAAGAGUUUUUCCACAGUGAAGAAUUCAGUUUUAGAGAUGAGUAUUCUAGGGGGGUCUCUGUAUGUUCUCUUCUCAUUGGAUGAUUAUGUUGCUCUAGUGUUUUCUUCUUUCCAGUCCUUUCAGAGUGGUGAACAAAGUUUGGGUUAAUAGUAGAUCCCUUGCUGGUGCAAUGCUUGUUUGCUGCAAACUAUGGUUUGCCUACUAAAAACCAGCCUUGGGAACAGGCAUUCCAAUGCCGCAUCCCACUCCAACACAGAUAUCACCUGUUUUUCUCUCCUUGUCACCCUUAAUAACACUUUUCUGUUACAUCUGUACAAAUGCUAAUCAUGGGUAGUGUUAGCUAGACUUACCAGAAUAUCACAUAGAUUUGCUAAAAACCGUAUUAAGAAGGAACCUGGUUAGCAUUAACUAGGGUUAGUGUUGGAGCAGGUGUAAUAUUAGGACUGCCUUCUCCCACAGAUUUUUUGUACGCCAAGAUCAUCUUCAGGUGCCCUUCUCAAUGUACCCCCACAAUUUCAGGUUAGGCAUAUGACUUCUAUGAUUUUACUGUUCUAUUGUUUCUGUUGCAUUGUGCGUGAUUUUUGUGUUUAAUUGUUUUACAUGAUUUGUAAUACUGAAGGACGAGGUAUGCAUUUUAUGUAACUGGCCACGUUCAGAUAAUCGAACCACAGCUUAAUGAGUGAAGAUAUUCACAAGCUUCAUGUAUCCACAUGUUGCUCCUUUGCAGAAGUAAACGAACAAGCUGAGAAGCUGUAGUUAAACAGAGCUUCAUGUUACAUCAGAAUCAGGAAGUUUGGUUAAUGGCUUUUAAGGAAGCCAGGUUCUGAAAAGCAAGUGUAAGUAAGCUUUAGGUUUUGGCUCAUUUGGAAUCCAUUAAUUACUGAAAGUAAUGGGAAAGUAAUAGAAGUUAUUGUUAACUAUUGCUUCCUGGCUUGCUUCUAUGUUCACAUGAAGGGGGAGCUAAGGGUCUGCCUGCUGGUUACUCAAGAUUCGAUAAUCUGAAUGCAGCAAUAAAUGAUAUUAAAAUGUAAUUAAGGCAACAAAGGAAAGCAAGGGGGUGGAAAGGGAGUUGGUAUUCUUCAGGCUGCCAAAUUUGCAGACCUGAGUUUGUAGCAGGUUCACAUUACAUUGGCACUGGACCUUAGAAUACAAUUAUAUGCAUGCUUAGGAGUAAAUUCUGUUGAACUGUCAGUAGGUAAGCAUGCAUAUAUAUGAUCCGGAAAGCAACUUAAGAACUAGGGAUUGGGUACCGUGAGCACAGCUAGCACCAUCCUAUGGUCAGUAACAAUAGGUGCAACUUGUGGAUCCUUGCCUGCUGAGGGAAGAGUUUGCUUGUAUGUGCAAUUCACUGAGUUGGCAUUAUCACCAUUAUGGCUUGCUGCCUUACUACCUAUUUUGUUUCUCUCUUUGUCAGGUAGCAGAAACUUAAGCAAAUAAUCAAAAGAGUAAUAGAGUUAAACUCUUGCUUUACUCUCAGCCUCUUUUGUAUAUCGUGAAAGGGUAGCAUUGUUGGAGGGAAAUGUGUCAGAAGAGUUAGCAGACAAACCUAUUAGAUCCAAGAGAAGGGCUUUAGACCUUCAGGGGGAGACAGCUGUCGCGUAGGUAGAACAAGCACAGAUAUACAGCUGCUUUCCUAAAUGAAUUAAUUGCACCCAGAUGGUAAAUUGAGUAGUGUAAGCAAUAUUGAAUGGAAACAUUUUUUUCUAACAGAAAUUAUAUACUGGUAGACCAGUCUAUGUCUUUGCUAUAACAAAUGAGCCUUUUAUGCAAAUCAUUACCUCAUUGAGGGAGAGGUUACUUGGUUGUUGUUGCUGUUUGUUUGUGGGUACUUUAAUUUAGUUUUUAUCUAUUUGCUUUUUUCCAGUAUUGUACUGGAAGAGACGCUGUUGGAUGACUUGCUGAAUUUUGCAGCUACACCUAAAGGGCUUUUGCUGCUGCAGAAUACAGGAACAGUAAACGAGUGUGUGACUUUCAUGUUCAACAGGUUCACAAAAAACCUCCAAGUAGGUAUAAUCACACACACACACACACACAGACACACACACACAUACAUGAAACAAUAUUUUCAUCACUUAGUUUGCCUGAGCAGUCUUUAUUGCCUAUGCCAUAACCUUUCUCUGUUAAAGCGGUAUAAUAGCAUCAGAAUGUUAAUUAGGUAAUGCUAGUUAAUGAUACAUUUGAUUAUGGAAUUAAUUGUUUGUUCCAAAACAAACAAUAUAUAAAAAGCACCAUUAUUCUUAUCUUGUAUAAGCCAUGAUCCUCCUGUAUAUCUAAAGUGUUUGAGCCCUUGAAAUUUAUGGUUUGUUAUAAUUUGUUUGUGCUAGGUCUGUGGAUUUGAAAAGUUUGGCUAUGGAGCAAUUGUAUCGCAAGUAGCUGCAACAGCUGCAGGUGCUGUAGCUCUACAGAGUUCAGGUAACUUUUUGUAUAGAUUAUCAUGAAUAAAUCUUGGUAAUUAAGGCUGCAAUCCUAAUCCCAAUUCCCGGAGAGCAAGCACCAUUGAAUUCAGUAGGACUUAACUCCUAUUGACAUGGUUAGAAUUGUGUCUGUAGCUUUGACUUUUGUCAGCAAGCAUCAGAGCAAAUAAGUUAUUUUAUUCUAUCAUCCUGUCUUUGUGUUUCUGUAUGGGACAGUUCAGACAGAAUGCCAAACCAUGGUUUUGCAUUAUAUAUUUGAAAAUCUGUUUCUUCUCCAUCCUCCAAUUUGCAGAUGCCUCCCUCCUUUGCUAGUCUGGAUAAAAGGCAAGCCAUGGUUUUCCAGAAGCCAUGAUUUGCAUCAAACAAGGAAAUGAGGGAUAAAUUUUUCACAAGGGAAGGAGGGAGAGGAGCAUGCAAGCCCAAAGAUGCUGCCAUGCUUGGUCAUAUAAUGUCAGAUCAUGACGUGGGAUUCAACUAAAUUGCUGUGUGCGUGGGAUUAAGGCUUCAACGGGGCUUCCUAAACCUGCCCUGGAGGAUUGGGGAAACCCUCAGAACAGGUUUAGAGGGCUUUGGGGUUGGAGAGGUGGGAAAGUCCCAUUGCAUGAGCAGGCCUUGUUUCCCAUGUGCACACCCCAGUGCUACAUGGAAUUCCACCCACUGAGGCCCUGAGUGUUCCAGAGCAAAGUCCACGUGGAACCAAACAGAGCCCCCACCUGAAAUGUGGAGGUGGCUGCACCAACUGUUCCUAUUAUGGUGAAACAGUACAGAUUAAGAGAUCGUAUUAGAAAUUGUGCAUGUUAUGAAAGAGGAUAGUUUCAUUAGUGAAGAGCUGUGGUAGCAUUAUCAGCUUAACCCUUAUGGAAAGUGUUCUCAGUGUGGUUCCUGUCUAAUAACGUUUGCUAGGACCUCUGCUAUAAAAUAUGACAAGAGUCCUUGUGAAUAAAAUACUCUCUUCCUAGGAUUUAUAAAAGCACUUGUUACCGAAUUGUGGGGUGUUCUAGAAUGUGGAAGAGAUGAUGUCCGAGUAACUCAUCCCAGAUCAACACCAGUUGAUCCCAUUGAUCGGAGCUGUCAGAAGGUGGUUUGAAUUUUCUUUUGCCCAUUAAUAUGUGAAUAUAGUUUUUAUCUGAAGCAGAAUGUUUUCCUUGGGAUAUUCCUUAAGUUGCUUGUAGCUUGCAGGUUGUAAAUUAUGUAUUAUUCUAAGGUAGAGUAUUGGGGAAACAAUAAAAGAAUAGCAUGGGAUUGCCGUACCAUGCUCUGAUAUGCUUUUUAUUGAGGAUGUGUUCUUGAUAAACUUGCUAAUAAGGAUAGAGACUGACUCCAGAAUUCAAAAAGAAAAAGAAGUGCUAACUUUGUUUAGUGUUAAUAUUUUGGAAGUUUAGCAGCUUAAAGAAGAGGAGCAAAAUCAGUUUGAGAAGAGUUACGUAUAAUCGCAUCAGGAUUCAGUGAAUACGUUUCAAUCAAUCAGUUUUAUUAUCUCGGCCAGAGGCCAUAAUACAGAACAUAAUUACUAACAACUACAAAUAAAGACAAUUAUCCAGAAUAAAACAGUACCCAUAUAAAAGUCACAAUCCACACUUCUUGCAAAUAAUCACCACCUCAACAUAAUUCUUUGGUAGAAUUUAAACAAGCGUAUCUUGAGAAAUAAAAACUAAGUGACUGUUGUUACUUCAUAAUGUAGUUGCAGUUCCUUUGGGAAGCACCCUAGACUGCCUGCAUAUUAUUGUACAAUCUUUUUUUCUAUCUCUGUGUGAUGCAGCAAUAUCACUCUUCAGUGAUCUUACCGGUUGAGCAUAGCCAUGUAUAUUUUAAAUAUACAUUAUUCAGGCUGAGGGAGAAACUACUAUACAUAGAGCUCAUCCUAUUUGCUCUCAGCAGCCUAGUCUAUGAAUGGCCAUGCCUGUCCUAAAGCGGGGGAUUAUCCAGCCUGCUACAAUGGUCUAAUUGGAAAAUAAUGGCUGUGCUAUGCUAACUCUUGUCCGUACAAUGCCAUGGUGCAGAGAUACUGUACUGGAAGGUAGUGUCCCUGUAGUUAGACUUGUAUUACCUCGGUCUGCCCUCCAGGUUUAAAGUGCAAAUGUAGUCUGGGCUUCACUGAAGGAGAUUUUAGCUAAAGGCAGCAGCGUUUGGAUUUGUGGCAGCCCUCAGUGCUAUUUGUUUCCUUAUACCUGGAUUCAACCUUGCUUGAUCUGCCAUUUUCCCACCCCUGCUCCUAUAAAGGCUAAGCCAACUGGUAUUGCUUUAAUGUCUGUGAUUUGCAGUGGGCGUUCAUUCCAGCUGUUUGCAUUAGAUUUCCUUUCCGCCUUCUUUUCCACAGUAGGCGCUCUGCAAAUGUCUUUAAUUACCUUUAAAUAGCCCUGCUCUGCCUGGGAUGCAAACUUACCUUUCUAUUCUGUGCAUCGCUACAGCUUGAAAACACCCACACUGAUAGGAGUUGGUCCAAUAAAAGGUCACUCUUUAUAUAUCUUAUUUGUGAAAACCAAAGUAAUACUAACGGCUUUUGUAACAGGCUUUAGAUUUAUUUAUUUAUUUUGACAAUUUGUAUAACUCAAUGACAGUAGCCUCUAAGCAGUGUACAGAGGACUUGAUACAAUAAGACUAAAAAUGUGUUAAAACUAUAAAAUCACAAUUCAUUUAGAACGUCUGCUGGAACGAAAUGCCAGUAAUCAUUUUGUUUACUGUGUCACCAUUUCCUGCUUUAGUCUUUUCUAGCUCUGAUAAACUUGUUAUCCUACCCUGCUGUUUACGAACUGAUAGGUGAUCAAGCGAUACCUAAUAAACCAGAAUACUCUCUCCGUGAAGUUCCUACAGAUAUUAUAGUAAGUAGCUUGGCUUUCAAUCCUUUUUGAAAAGCUCUUUUGAAUGGUUAUAUUGCUCUGAUUGAAACAAGCUCUUUUUGCAAAUGGAUUUAAUGUUUUCUUAUUGCUUUAACUUUAUAAUUUUGUAUCUCCUUUUGACAAUCAUGAUGAGUGGUUUACAAAUCUGUUCAGUAAAAAUAAGAAGCGUCAUAUGGGUUUGGUGUUCUAUUGCUGCUUAGGUUCUGAGUACAUUUUCAGCAUUUCUUUCUUGCAUGCAGCAUGAGGGCAGUAUAUGCACAGUGUCCUCAGUGUGAAUCUAUUUUUCCUACAGUCACAGGAAAAUGUGAUACUUAAAUAAUAAUCUGCAGAUGCUGUUUUCUCUUGUCUAAAGACAAAUCUCUUCUUUCAAGUGUAAGCAAUGGAUUUGAUUAUAAUAAAAUUAUUCUUUAUAUCAUAUAAAAUCUGUAUAUGUAUAAAAAUCUUUUGCAUAUCUAAAGAAAUAUAGAUAUAUUUAGUUAUAACCAAUGUCAAAGUAGAACAAGAGCCACAAUUUUGGCACCUGUGUGUGCCAGCCUGCCUAGCUGCACCUCUUAUGGUUCUUGAGAAAGGGUUCAAUAAGAUUCCUUCAAAAAUCCAUGAUUCAUGAGACAUGCUUUGCUCAUCUUGUUCAGGUUGUGUUUGCAUUGGUUCGGCCUUUCCUCAUGCCCCCUCAGACAUGCCCACAUUUCAUUGGAUGCCAGGAUUGGACACCCAUCCUCCUACUCUGAGCAGAGGAGAGGUGCGAAGAGCUUUCCUCUGUGAGUGAGCGUGGCGGUGACUGAUGCACAUGCCUUUUCUUCAUUGAUAGGGAAUACUUUUUGUAUUCCUGCUCUUUUAGACAUGGCAGCCAUUUUUGUGUUAUGCCAUGCCCUCGUGGCAGCCAUUUAGUGACUGGCAUUCAAGCACUCCCUCAAAACUGCAUAUGCACCAACUGGCUCAAAAAGGUUGACGUUCCCUGAACUGGAAUGUGAUUUUCCUUUUCUUGGUCUUUUACCUAUGGCCCACUUGGGAGAUCCAGGGUAGAGACAUUACUGUGUUUGGUGUUGCUGUGCUUUAUGCCAUCCCUGAAGGUAAUUUUAACCAUAAAGGUAUCUGUGACCUUUCUUUUUUGAGGGCAGUUCCUGAAUCUUGGGGAUGGCUGUUCCCACUUCCAGUGAUGCAUCUGUGGGCUGUGUGGUCAACCAGAUGUCUGCUUGUGUUGCCAUCACUGUAGAUGACCUUGGUGUAAAUGGUUCUUUUUGGAUUUUUUCAUUCUGUUGCUCUUCCUUUUGACCGGAACACUUAUCUUGGUGUAAUGUUGAUCAAGUUGCAUUGGGUUGUUUCAUGACAGUUUUAUCCUUCUAUUCCUCUGUAGUAGGACUUAGAUCAGUUCUAUGUGACUAUAGCUGGUUUGUUUUAAGUAACAUAACAAAUAUCUAAACAAUGUAAAAUAAAAAACAAAAGCAAAUCUUACACAAAACAAGAAUCCAUCAAAAUACAUCAAUAUAAUACAACAGCAAAAUACAGCAACAGAAUGCAACAUAAUUGCAAUAUUAUCUUUAAAACACACACAAACACCAAUAUUGCAGAAAAGUAUCCUUGUAAUGAAUAAUACAAAUCAGGAAUUCAAGAACCAUACUUGGUUACUGCUCAUCCAGCCAUCACACUUUCUUUGCAUACAUUAUACCACUUCAUCCACUCAAUUCUUACUUCAGCUGAACACUAUAAACAUUUAACAACCAAAAAUCAUGUACUGUACAAAUCUUAACUGGUGAAAAGCCAAUCACCUGCCCUGCUCUCCAAAGAUGGUAAGGGAGGAAGUAGAUACAGCUGUGUGUGCUUUGUAACCCUACUCUGUGCCCAGAACCUAGCCUGCUACUCUCUGGUGAAGUGAAGGGCAUUACUGUGUCAUCAUGUUGAAAUAAAAUUCUACUGCCAGUCUGACCAUGCAAUAUGCUAUCUUGUCUUUUGUCUAUGCACAAUGUCUAUCUCCCCUGCUACCAUGGCAAGCACACUAUGCCUCUCAUUUAAGGAAGGGUUGUUGCUCAGUUGCAUCUGCUUUCCAUAUGGAAGGUUCCAUGUUCAAUUCCUGGUAUCUCCAUAUGGGACUGGGAAGGACUCCUGCUUGAAACCGGGAGAGCUGCUGCCAGUCAGUGCAGACAGUACUGAGCUAUAUGGACAAAUGAUCUGACUUGAAAUAAUGAGUAUAGUGUCAAAUCCCCUUUGGCUAUUCACAUUUAUUCUGAGGUUUUGGGAAAGAAACUGGAAAUCUUACUCUUGGCUGCUACAGCUGGGCAAAAGUGUUUUUGCUCAGUGUAGACGGAGUUGGUUAGCUGUUCGAGGUGUCAAAGUACUUUGGAUGUAAGAUCAAAUCAAAAGAUGUUGCCAAAUCUCUAUUCUUGGCGGAUUACUUACAAUCUCACAUUAGCAAGGUUGUAUUAAUUUACUUGUUUAAGGAAGUAAACUUCCAAUUAGGAACAGUUUUCCUUUAUAGGAAUGCUAUUCUAUACUUACUCACUGUGUUUUCCCCAGAUGUACACAUAGAUUUAAAAAUAAAUGCACUGGGUAUUAAAUGCAUGUAAAGUAUCUGAUAAUGACUAUUUUUAUGAUUCUGUUUUCACUUGAGUCAGAGAAACUGACUGGAAUGAAAUGGGGAAAAUACUUACUUUUUAAACACAAGAACAGUUUGCUGAAUUGCUUCUUGCCAGUUUAAGAGCUAUUUGUGAGGAAAUGUAACAACCAAAUCAUAUACUUGUCCAUAUACUUUAAAAAUGUGGCUUAAUGAAAAUGGUUGAGUAAUAAUGUUGUCUACUCAAAGUGCUGGUCACAUAUUAAUAAAAUUGGUGCUUAUAUUUCAGGAUAUCAUUGACAGGGUUAUAAUUGUGAACACAGAAGCUAAAAUUCAUUCAUUGUUCAAUUAUGAGCAGUCUCAUAUCUUUGGUCUGAGGUAAGAUACUAAAUUUUCUGAUUCACUUAAGGUAAAAUAAUCAGCUAGUUUCUUCUGUUCUGCAAUGCUGACUUGGUAAAAUGCUUAUGAAUCUGGCCUAUAUGAGGGUAGAGGUAUCUGUGAGUGAAACAUACAGGAUGAGUGCUGUAUGGCAAUGAAGGCCAAUAUACAGUCAGGGAAAUUAGACUAUGCACAAAGGAAGUAUUUCCCCUAGACAACUUGUAUUGUACCCAAGUUCAUAUGAGGCUUAGAGAAAAUCCUCUCAAUGCAAAUCUUUUGUGUCCCCACCCCCCAUUAUAUUGUUUAUCAUAGGUUGCUUUUGGGUGUUGGAACUCUUAGCUGCUUGGGUUGGGAUGCAGUCUACAAUUUUUGCUGUGCUGACACAAUAGAAAGAACUUAGGCACUUAAACUGUUACUCCUUGCUGUCUCCUGUUGGAUGAGGAAAGAAAUAGGAUGCUGAAAUUUUUAUCAAGAGCUGCAGUGGUUUUGAAUGAUGUUUUGUAGCUUAUUGGCUGUUUACAGUCUUGGCUCUUUGAAUGUCGGAUUUCCUGUGCCUGGUUUGAUGAGCACAAUCUUUUUGUUAUUUUUUUUAAGCAUUUAUAUACUAUUUAACGUUACAAAAAUCUCUAAGCUGUGUAUAGUGUAACAAAGAAAGAGUAAAUUAUUAAACCAAAAAAGCACAUCCUAAACCAGUAAAACAGCAAAAUAAAAAAGUAUAACAGUGAGAGAAAAAACUCUUGAAGAUUCAAACAUGUAAAACAGGGUCCAGUCUUAUGGGUUAGUGGAAGAGAAGUUUUCACAUUUGAAGCAACUGAUGAUUGCGUGCUUCGUGUAUGGCAAAGGGAAGGGCAAGUAGGACCGUGAAAAGAGGACAUGUCCAGGAAUUCCCAGACAUAUGGCAACCCUAUUCUCCCUUCUGUUGCAGCUCCCAGCACACACCCUGAAAAUUGGCUUCAAAGAGUUGGGGGCCCCUCCAGAGCAAUGUGAAAUGUGGCAUGGAGAAGAGAGAAUAGGCAAAAAUGGGUUCCUCCUCCUUUUCAGUUAGUGGGGGCUUCCAGUGGACCAAAGGGCCUUUUGGGAGCUCACAGACACCAGCUGGGUAAUAAAUGACAACAACAAUAGCGAUGAUGAUGAUGAUGAUGAUGAUGAUAAUAAUAAUAUAUUGGACCAGGCAAUCUUUCAGAUAACCUGGUCCCAAGUUGUUCAGGGCUUUAUAUAUGUUAACAAGUUAAUCAGCAGGAUACUGAUUAAGGAUGCUUCAGGAGUUAGUAUCUUUUGCUAGCACAGAAUGAAGAAGUUUCUUCCUGCUCAGUUCACUCGCUUUUACCACUUUCUGUAGGUCAAUUUCUUUCACUUCUGUGUGAAGUGAAAGUGUGAUUCCUAGCUGCUGUAAUUUUAGACUGUGCCAUGUGCUGUGCUAUUCUGGUCCUCCGUCUGUCCCCAAUAUCUCUCUAUUUCUUCUGCCUCAGAUUGGAAGGUGUUGUUAGUAUGUGGCAGACCCUGUUCCCUGUUCCUGACAAAUUUCCUUUGCUGAAGUAGAUCAGCUUCAGUAGAGCUUGUUUGACAGUUGUGAGUUUACAUCUAACGCAGCAAUGUGUCAGAGGGAGGAGGACUCAUUGGAGGGCCAGAUCCACAUAUUAGAGCUGUUUCCCACCAUAUCUCAACCCAUGUCUAAAACAAUGCUAACACAAUUAUUUUAUGCAAAAUAAUUAUAGGAAAGAGACUGCCAAAUCCAGUGUCAGUUCUAACAUCUCUCUACAUUAUAGCAAUGAAAUUUACUAUGCUAAAGCAGUGAAACAAUACUAUAUGCUGAAGCAUUUAUCAGAGAUUAUUGUAAUUUGUGUUCUAAAAUUUAUACCUCAUCUGUCAACAUCAUAGCUUACAAAAAGGGUUUAAAACAAUUUAAAGCAUAACGAAAUUGCAGUAAAACCACCAUAAAAACUGAGACAGUAGGCCACUGCAAUGAUGGUCAGCUGUUGUUGGACUUCUGGUCCUAUCAUCCCUGACUACUGGCUAUGUUGACUGGGGUUGCUGGGAUUUGGAGUCCAGCAGCUUCUGGAGGGCUAAAGGUUCCCUGUCCCUAGUCUAGCUGCUCCAUUUAUCACAAUAAAACUGUCUCAAAUAGGAAGUGAAUGUUGCUAUAUCUUCUUAGAGAGUAUUUACAGUCCUGUGGUUGGUUUUUCCUUUUUUUGCAGUAGGAUUUUUUAAUAGGUUUCACAUUAAUACAAGUGAAAGAAUUGUAUUCCUUAUGGUCUUAAUCUCAGUGGUCCACAACCAAGUCAUCAGAUGGAUAUUGCAAAACAUUGAUAUCCCUCAAGUCUGGUGAAAGGCAGGCGCCCUUUUGAGUUUUCUUAAACAAUUCUCAAAAACAAUUUUCCCAGGGGAAAGCCUUCACUGCUUGCUUCCCUUUCUCCUAAACUUAUCAUUGUCUGUUGGGGAGGCCUGUAUGCUAGGGAAUCUGAGAAAUGAAGUUCCCAAUGGAUCUUGGCUCAAAAGGCAGCAGUUUCCCAAGCUCCCUAGCUGCAGUUAAUUAACACUCAGGAGAAUGUGUAGCUUUCCCCUAAAGAAACUAGCUCAUCGUGUUCUCAAGAAAAUAUGUGCAAGUAGUUGUCAUUAGGUUAUGUGCCUGUCCUUCUUUCUGAACAUAUAAUGAGAAGCCUCAGGUUAAUUUUAGCUUUUUAUUUGUACCUGAAGUGCCACAAGAUUUUCCAUUAGUGCAUCAAGAGUUUAAAUUGGAUUCUCUACUUUGAAGAUACAUUAUCUGGAUUAAAACCUUUAUUCUCUUCAAGUAAUCUUAGUACCUGUCAACUCUAGUUUUUAAUAACGUUAUUUUGGUUCAUUUCCUGUAUUAGAUGUUUCAUAGUUGCUCAUGCUCUCAGGAGAAGCACAGGGAAGCAGCUCUGUACUCGCCUUUCUUUGCAGAUCCAGAACAGGGGGGGUGGGUAGAAUCAGGCUCACAAACCACAACCAGUUCCUCUUAGAUUUUGAGAAGACUGAGGUCCAAACUACUUAUAGCAUUAUCAUAUACUUUGUCUUUGUAGACCAGUUCUUUCUCACAGAGUCCCUGAUCCAAAUUGGGAAGCUGGUUUGAUAGGAAGGUGAGCCUGCUGCUGUAGUCCCUGUCUAGUUUGCACACAAACUUUGCUUGGGAAUAUGCUUCUGUCAGCCAAAACUUAGUUAAUUUGCAAUCAGUGUAUUACCUAUAGGUUUUUUUUAAAAAACAUUUACUGCAAAUUAUACAGGAUAUUGCAGUCAUUCUAAUUUUUGUUUUGGAAAGCAAAACAGAUUGUAUUUUCCUCCAGUUUCUCUACUGGAAUUGUAAUUAUGUUGUGUAAAAUCUUUAGCAAUAGUUUUAGGGAACUGUAUCUUUUAAACGAAUGUACCGUGUUCUACAGAAUCUGAGUAUUGUCAAUGGAGGAGGAUAAAUUAACAUGUCAUAUAUUAAUGAGGGGGUGGGAAUCCCUGUUUUGUUAUAUAUUUACAUCUGGUUUGUUUCCAGUGGUAUUAAAACCUGACUGCAGGUACAGGAAACAAAUAAUUAAAUAAAACAUUCAUGUCACAAUCUGUACAUACGCACAUCAAUUUGCAUUUGUUUUUAAAUUUCAAGCAACACUUGAAAUCUUGAAAAGCAAGAUUAACAGAAGUUAACAGGAAAAAAAUGGAAAGACCUAAAAUAGCAUGGCUAGCAGAACAAGUACAGUAAAUGGAAAUAGUUCCUUUGAACUGCAUUAGAUUUGCAAUAUGAAACCGCCAUUACUGAUAUCAGAUGCAGAACAGAGGGCUAAAGAAUAGUGUCACAUUUUCCAUACCUUUUGAAACAACUAGGGAACAUUGGCUAUGAGCACAAAAGAGCAAUCAGGGCUUUUAGUCCUAGACCAAGGGAUAAAGUGGUGACCAGUUUCACAAGUUAUAUAAAAGAUGUGCAUCUGUUACGACCUCAUGGAAGUGCAGUAUAAUUCAUGCAAAGGCAUUUAGUGUGGGUAACUUGGAUAGAAAAUGGUCUGGAUUAGUGGGUUAAAAUAUUCUAGUUUUAAUAUCAAUGGGUGCUUUUGUUUCCUUUGUUUGCUAGUAAUAUUCAAAUUAAACUGUCAAAGACAUGCCAUGCAGAAAAGGGCAUUUGUGUAUGAAAAAUUAUUUUGAUAUCACACUGAUUUUCUGAAUGCAUCAUAAUGUUUCUCCCCACACUGAUUACUCAUAAGUAAUUCAUAAUAAUCUUUUCAUACUAAAAAUGUUUUAGAAUGACAUGAUCAUCAGUAAUGAAAAUAUGAAUGCUUCUCUUUUGUCCUAUAAAUCUUUAUGAAAGCAUUAAAUGUCUCAGUAUUGAUUUUAUUAAUCUCUCUGUAUCACUUCUUGAAAUAUACUAACGAAUGAAUGCUUGUCCUGAAGAUUAUGAAGAAUAAUUUUAUGAAUAAAACAUUCAAGCAAAUGAAUAGGCUUUUGAAACUAAAAAUAGUUAUUACUACAUUGCCUCUAGUAGCUUUGUUUUUCAGCAGCCGAAUGAGAAAGAAGGCUGGGUCCACUGCAAUAUUAUCUUGGGCUCUUCUUCCACCUGUUCAUGAAAUGAAGCAUCUGGGUUACACGGCAUGGAUGAGAUAAAUUUGGACAAACCAGCCAAAUUUCAGUGCAAUUCUGUACAUUCAGUGCAAUUCUGUACAUGUCUACUUAGGACUAAAUCAUAUCACCUACUCCCAUGUAAAUGGGUAUAGGAUCACAACACUGGGAAGGCAAUUUUCUUUCAUAAAGGGACCAAAGGUUGUUUCCAUGCUAGCUUGCUUGCAUUGUUGCCAUCCUUGCUUCAUUCACUUUUUUUCAGAGAAAAUGGUUGGCAUUGUUGAGAUGUUGUUACUUCCUUACAUUGUGCGCUCCCUUUUCUGGCAAAAUUUCUGCUGAUUUUUUUGGUAUAUAAAUUAAAACACAACUGGAGGACACAGCCUGUCUGGUGUGGACAUCCCAAAGGGUAUCCAGCACUCCUGUGCUUUUAGAUACAAGCUUCCUAGUUUGAGGUUUUUGUUUUGCUUCUUUCUGUUUUGUGUAGCAGUGGGCUCACUGGUGAAUAGCCUGUACAGUGGUACCUCCGGUUGCAGACAGGAUCCGUUCCGGAGCUCCGGUUGGAUCCCGAGGUUUCUGCAACCGGAGGGACCGCUUCUGCACAUGUGCGCCUGGCAAAAACCCAGAAAUAUACCUCCGGGUUUGCUGCUUACGUAUCCCAAAGUUUACGUAACCAGAGGGACAUGUAAGCUGAGGUAUGACUGUAAAUUGUUUCUAGAAAGCCUUUCUACAUUGUUCCCUAUCAGUUUCUGUUCCUAUUGCAGAAAGGAGCUUUGUAUAGUAAAACGUUGUUGUAUAAAAAAAUAGAAGAAAAAAAUAAAAGGAAGCACUGGUAAUUAAAGCCCCUUCUCCCUGGAACAAAACUGACAAUAAGAAAUUGACAGUCAGUUUAGCAGUAUUCAACAAGAAGCAAUAAAAAGGCAGUGUGCACAUGCAAGAAUAUAAUAGAAAUACCUUGACUGUAGAUAACAGUGUUGUUUCAAAUGGUGUUCUAGGAUAGGUCAGUGGUAUUCUACAUGCAAACCAUAUGCUGUGUCCCAGGUUCCUAAUUCUGCUUUGUAUUACAGCAGCUUUUCUUUUUUUAAAAAAAGAACUCAACUCCAAAAUAUUUAAACUUGUGUAGUGCUGCUCUGCAUUUCCCAUAACUUGUAAUGUUCUGAUAUUUCAAAAUAUUACAUCCUGCAGGUUAUUAAAUGUGCUCUGCUGUGAUCUAGAUACACUUCUACUUUUAGAAUCUCAGUAUAAGGUAUCAGAAGUGCUCUUAGAUGCCCAAAGAGAAAAUACCAUCUACAUUUCUGAAACUUCUCGGUAAGGAAUAUUCAUUUAAAAAAUGUAUCACCCCACUCUAUAGUUCUGUGUAAUCUUUACUUGGAGCUUUUCACAUAAACCCAUAGCCUUACCCUCCAAAAGAAAAAUAUCAGUGGAGAAAGUAGCUCUGCUAAUAAUAAUAAUAAUAAUAAUAAUAAUAAUAAAAUAAAUAAAUAAAUAAAUAAAUAAAUAAAUAAAUUUAUUUAUAUCCCGCCCUCCCCAGCCGGGCUCAGGGCGGCUAACAACAAUAAAACAGUACAAAAGUACAGCACAAACAGCACUCUAAAAUCAUUCAUUAUAAAAUUAAUUAAAUUCAAGCCACUGGCCACCAUUGGGCCAGAGCUCCGCGAAGAUCGCCGAGGGAGGGAGUCAGGCUGUGCCCUGGCCAAAGGCCUGGUGGAACAGCUCUGUCUUGCAGGCCCUGCGGAAAGAUGUCAAGUCCCGCAGGGCCCUAGUCUCUUGUGACAGAGUGUUCCACCAGAUAAUAAUAAUAAUAAUAAUAAUAAUAAUAAUAAUAAAUUAAUGUAUGGCUUCAUUGAGUUAAGGAAUUUGGCAUGAGACUCUCUUUUUUCAUUUGUUGGGGGUACAAAAAUUAUGGUAUUGAAAGCAUGAAAAUGGGUUGUGUUUAUUGUCCUCAUUGUUGUGCCACUUGAACUGUUCUUGGAAGUUUUGUCUGAUGACUGCAUAUUGUUCUUUACUACUUGGCUGCAUACAGCCACUAGGAAGCAUGCAUGAAGGGGUACAACCAACAUGAGGCAGAAUGAACAUCCCUGAUGUAUUCACAACCUUUAUUGACCUUGCAAAGAUGGGAAUAAUUUGUAAGCUUGCUACUCCUUUGAAGUAACUAUUCGUUAACCACAACCCAUUUUUGACUUCUGUGUUGUAAUUUGAUCUUGGGAAGUGCUGAUAUAUUAUCUCAAAAACCAUUAGGGCUGGUCAGUGCACCAUAAAUAAAUACUGAAUGCCAUAAAAAGAGUAGUUUGUAUUAUAUUCUGGUCAGAAAAGACUAAGCAAAGCACACAUAGUGCAUUCCCUUCUACCUCUGAAUUCCCCUGAAUCCAGUGCCAGGAUUUUGUUACCUUGUUCAAAACUGCAAUUCAGUGUCCAUGCUAACAACCGGGCUUGAAAUACUUUCUCAGUAAUCUAGCUCUUGAGAAUCAUGAGACUCAUGGCAAUUUCCACAUGCAAUUCAAUUUUGUUUUGUUGCAGAGACUUUAUAAUUGAUGGCCUAUCAGUAGAGAGAAACCAUAUUCUUGUUAGAAUAAAUCAUGUUGGUGGACCAACGGAACGGAUCUUGCCUCCAAGAAUAUUGCAUAAGGUUGUAAACGUGCUUUUCAGUUUUCUUCACAUUUAGCCUCUCUGGAGAUAAGUGCUGCAGACUGAGAUUUAUUUAUUAUUUCUACCAUUUAUUUAGAGCUGAUUAUUCCAUUGAACCUCUGCUGACUAACUGCGGCUACUGCCCUUUGAGUGGGCUUAAAAGAGUUGUUCUGUGUAAUCAUCCUGACUCAUUACACUGAUAGCAUUAAAGUACAGUGUCAAGUGCACUAUGUUUUAUAUGUAGGUAAUGCAUUAAAUAUCUGAAGAUUACCUGUAAGUACAGAGUGCAAAGUCUUCAAACGACAGAAUGAAAUAGACAAACCAUCAGUAAGUUAUAACAUCACUUUACUAUUGGUGGUUCUCCCUUAGGGUGAUGAUCCAUAUCCUUGGCCCAUGUUUUCGUCAUAUCCUUUACCAACAUGCUAUCUUGCUGAAUUUCCAAGAAAAACUGACACAAGGCAAGGUAUAAUAUGUUAGUUUACUGGAGUGAUGUAUGUAAAAAGCACAAAUAUGUAUUUUAGAUUAAUUUAUGGUUAUGUGUUAGUCUGUGCAUAAAUCUUGUUUUGUUUUGUUUUGAGGAACGUUUUUGAAAGGCUCACGAGGGUAAAGAAUAUGAGCUGAACAUAUCUGUAUGGCAGCUGGAGUUUACCAUAUUCCUUUGUGAUAGUUUUUUCUUAUUUGUAUCUCUUGAUUUUCUGUUUGCAUUGCUUGGUUUGUAUUUUAUCAUUGAGAUGCAAUAUGGAUCUGUAUUUAUUCACAUUUGAAUCAUAAGGUGUUGUCACAGAGAGGGUAGCUCCAAGCAAAAUCCCUUGUGAAAGAGAGAACACAGUAGGUGCAGAUAUUUAUGUCCAGGCAAACAGUACAAUAACGGCAUGCAUUUCAAACACUUAAGGCUCUUUAGAGGCUAAAAUAAAAAUCUUCGUGGAGCUUAACUCUACAAAUCAAGGAAUUUUACUGAAUGUACCCCAUGUCCCAUAGGCAGCAUUUAUUCCCCAAAGAAAAGUCUUACGCAUUCAAAACCUGCCGGGAUUGCAUGGUUUAUCUGUGUCUACUGUGCUUUUCCCUUUCAAUUCUAAGAUGCACACAUUAUCCAUUAGGCUUAACGUUUUUGUUAAUAUACAUGUAUAUUACCAAGUGUUAAACUGAACACAGGAUGACUUUACACUUGUUCCUUGAAUUUAAUACAGACACAGCAGGGUUUUUAUAAUAAAAGCAAUCAGAUACUGGGACUCAAUUCCUUUAUGUAUGAAAAUCAAACUGAGGGAAAACAGAAUAUGGGAACAAAUUAGUUUUCCCCUCCCACCCGAUACCUAUAAAGGAAACUCAGUUUUGUUCUAGAAAACCUUUCCCUACUCUAGUACUUUCUGCCUGGGGUUGAAUCAGGGCUGUCAAAGUGAGGCAACUGCCUCAGGUGACAGUAGAUUAUAAUCCUAUACUUUGCUUAAACAGCCACGUUUCUUGGUGUGGCCCUGAAUUGAAUCUUUCUCCUAACAGACACAGUCUGUUAAGUUAUUCUUGUUAAGUACUUUCCAGUCUUCUACAUUAUUGCCACCUUUCAUUCUCAUAAAAGGAAAGGGCAAUCAUGUAGAGUCAAAAAGUGGGAUCCUGAGAAGCAUGAUAAGACAUAUAGAAUACCUUACACUUACAAAUAGAUAUAAACAAAAGGUGUUGAAAGUAGGAAAUGAAUACCUAUUCCUCCUUGGCAGUGGGAACAAGUUAUGAUCAUACAGGGAGAAAGGGCCAGAGGAGUUUCAUCAUCACCAACAAUCUAAUCUGCGUAAGAAGCUUCUUUUUCCCUGUGCCUGGCUACAUGAAGUGAACAUUAGAUGAAGAACUAAAUUAGGCUUGUGCCAGUGAGGGCCUUUGAGAAAUGAAGCCUUUUGGUGUAAUUACUUGGUAUUUGAAUGUGCAUAUGGAAUAGAUUGGAAGAAUUGUACUAGUCGAACAGCUUCGUGAAAUACUCUGGGUUGGUCAAAUGAAUUCCAGUGACGGGAAAACAAUUUAAGUAUAAAUUAUUAAAGUCCAAACACUAUUUUAAAAUGCAUUUUAUGCGGUGAAAGAAACAGAAAGCAAAUAUUUUCUAUUUAAUAAAAAAAGGCUAACAGCAUUUGCAAGUGAUGAUUUCAUUUAGGAAGUUGAAUAUUAACUAGGAUACUAAAAUGCUGAAAUGAAGCAGGAAUAAUAAGUAUCUUAAAGAGCCAAAGUUUCUAAAGUCUGACUAUAGAAAUGUUUUAUUGUGUAUACUUAAAAUGAAUUUAGGCAAUUUUAAAGCCUAGAAACAGGUACGAUAUUGCACAAACAAGAACUUGGUAGAGGAUGAUAGCAGGGAGAAAUUAUCUUGAUCACUUUGAUAUUUACAAUUAAGAAAUUCACUGAAAGCUUCUUGGAGGCUCAUAAAGAGCCAUUUCUAAGCACCUGUUUGUAAAAAGCAGGACUUUUAAUUUCAGGAAAAUGCUGUUACUAUGGUAAUAUUUAGUAAUUCUAAUACUGCAUGAAGUUUAAAUAGGCAGAGCAGCCAGGUGGGAGGGGAGUGCCUCCCAGCCCCCAUCUGCUGUUUGAGCCAAGCAACUCACCUUCACAGUCCAGUCCUCUUAUGACCUGUGAACAUCUUUUUGUAUUUCCUUGUAUAGGAGCUUUAUUGGUUUGAGGCAGACUUACUAAGUUCUUCACUGAUUGCUGUGGUCAUUUAGGCAAAAGUAAAACCAUAGCUUUCAUAGCAAUAUUUUCAUCUUCGUUUUAGAUGGCGAUGCUAGCAAGCUUGCAUGUGCUUUAAAUAAUCCAGAGAAACCGCUGGAAUUGAUUGAAAAUAUUCAAAGACAGUUUUGUGAAAUCAUGGAAAACAAACCUACUGUUAUGAGUGGAACCAGUAAGUAUAAUUAUUUUUAAAGGGAAACUGCUUAUCCUUGCUACGUUAUAUUGAUGAUUCUGUAUAGUGAGGUAUGAUUGAGGACUGUCAAAGGGGAAGACAUGCCAUUUAAACCACUUUGUAUUAUAUGUUGCUAUGUCCUAAAUUAUGGUGCUGGAGGAGACUCUUGAGAGUCCCAUGGACUGCAAGAAGAUCAAACCUAUCCAUUCUUAAGGAAAUCAGCCCUGAGUGCUCACUGGAAGGACAGUUCAUGAAGCUGAGCCUCCAAUACUUUGGCCACCUCAUGUGAAGAGAAGAAAAGACCCUGAUGUUGGAAAAGAUGGAGGGCACAAGGAGAAGGGGACAACAGAGGACGAGAUGGUUGGAUAGUGUUCUCGAAGCUACCAGCAUGCUCUGGUCCAUGGGGUCACGAAGAAUCGGACACGACUAAAUGAUUAAACAACAACAAAAUGUCCCAAAUUGGUUGGAAUAUGCCUGUCUCAAGCGACAAUUGAGGUGAAGUCAAACUGUUGCUGGGUUGUAGCGCUUGCUGUGGCUGUAGAGACGGAUGUGGGAGAGACAUGUUUUGUUGCAUCUGGGGCAGAUGAAGACAUCCAGUUGUGCUGGCAUCCAGUUGUGCUGCAGCAGAUGCACCAUGGCGUUUCUUCUCUCUGCACUCCUCCCACGGUUAUUUUUCCUCUGCUCUAUGGGGAGCUGGCUUCCAGCACCAGGCCCAUUGGUAGACCAACUCUGUGUUCCAAAGAUGUCUGCAAAUGUGACAUGAAGCCUGACAACAUCAACUCCGCCAGACCGGAAUCCCUUGCAGACAACUGCAGUGCCUGGAGACGUCAUGUAUCCAUAGCAGUAUAUCCUAAACAUUCCUCUAAGAAUCCUGAGAGAGUUUCUCCAAAUGAAUUACUACAUCAGAAUUAUACAUUAUUUAGGCAAUGGUUUCCCAAAGUGGUUGAUAUUGAUGUGAAUGUGCAGGGGCUGAAUAAAAGAUCUAGAAUUCCAAAGUAGGUCAGAAACGGCCUAGGGGUGGAAAAGAUUGCCACAAGGGACAGUGUGGAAAUGCAACGAGCCUCAGGAAUAAAGAACAUUAAUAUGUACAGAGUGCAUCUCCCUUGCCAGUGAGGAGCCUCUGUAUUUAAUAGAUGAUUUUACAAUGUGACAGUAUUCCUUAUUUAUUUUUUUUCCAUUUUAUGAUUCCUAGUAAUGGUGAUUGGUGGUUUUAAAAGGUUGAUUAUACAUUGAUAUUUCUGGAUGUCAUUUCAUUUACAUCCCUAAGAAUUUGGGUUGGGGGGGUCAAUGACAACUUUAUAAGCUCGUCAAGUGGUCAGUGAACUCAGAUGUUGGUGAAAGCCUGCUCUAGGCAAACCUGUGUUUGCAAAGAUCACUUUGGGAGCUAUCCAUGAAAGAAUGAAAAACAAUCGUACUCAAAUAUGCUGUGUGCAUAGAACAUAGAACUCUUCUCCCUUUUAGGGCUUUCUUACUCAUUUAAAUGAGUAAGACAAGUGCAAAAGACUUCCAUGGAGAGCUUGGAAAGUUUCCUGCUGAGAUGCAAAAGGAAGCAGGUAGCUGUGUUGGAACGCCUUUUGCACAAAGGAGGACAGAAACUCUUAAAGUGCAUUGACCUUUACUGCAAGAUUAAGGCCAAACUUCCCUCCUCAGAACCUCUAUAUAGAAUAAUGUAGGCAGUGCAAUCUAAUUACAGCUAAUUUUCUUUAUGUUGAAACUGUCUAACAAAUUCUGAAGUAAUCCUCAGAGGAUCCAAGGAUAACAAACGAUUCCCUUUCAGUUUACACUGAAUAGAUUGUCAGAGAAGCCAUUAAAAUUUUAAUUUAAACCAGGAAUGUUGUUAUGAAUACAAAAACAGAAUGCCUGUUUUGAAUUAUUUUUGCCAUGCUUUUGUGAAUAAACAUGCGGUCGUAUAGACAGCUUUAGGCUGCAAUCUUGUAACGCACUUACCUGGGGGUAAGCCUCUUUGAACCCAGUGAGACUUUCUUCUAACUGCAUAUGUAGUAGAGUGCACUGUUAGUUGCCUGUAGGCUUUCAUUUUGGUUCAUUUUCUACUCACUGUUGUGCUGUGGUCAGAGUAUUGGCCUAUAUCAGAGGGACUAAGAUUCAGUCCACACUCAGCCAUAAAGCUCACUGGGUGCCCUUGAGCCACUCACUGUCUUUCAGCCUAUCCUCUCCCGCAGGGUGAUGGAGAGGAUAAAAUGGAGUGGAGCAAGCUACAUAUGCCACCUUUGGUUCUGUGGAGGAAAGGCAGGGUAUAAGGGAAAGAAAGAAAUUGGUUGAUAUAGUUCUGCAUUUUACUUUGUGGCAUUUUUAAAUAUAUAUAUAUUUAUUUUAUUGUUACAAAAUUGUGCACACGCAAAUCACAAAACAUGACAUGAUUUCUUUUUUAAAGGAAAUUUUGUGGCAUUGAUGCAUUAAUCAUUUUGGUUUUAUUUCAGAUUUGGCAGAAUUAAUGGAAAUGUUUGUCUUGCAUCUUUCUGAAACGCCAUCAGAAUGUUACUUCACCAGCAGAGAAUGUGAAGGUAAUUUUCUUCUCUCAUGCUGUUUUUUCUGGCUUGCAAUGGUCAACUGAAAGGUAACUGCCACACUUCUGGCUUCUGAGCCUCUCUCAGUGGCCCUGAGUGGAAUAGGUAGAAAUAGCAGGCUCCUUUCUCUUGAUCUGGUUUGACCCAGCUGACCUUCAGUUUUUGACUGAAAAAGAAAAGCAGUCUAUAAUUAUAAUUAAUACAUUAUAAUAGGAGGAUGGCAGAUCUUGGCAUUUUAUGACGUAGUGAUGAGGUUUUCACCUUUCUCAUAGCAACAUGCAUAGGUUGUAGAAUCUUGAGUUUACUAUUUUAUUCUAAAGUGAGUAUUUGUCACAGCAUACAGUUGGUGGCAGAGGGACAAAGGACAGAAUUCAUAGACAGAAGGGUUCCUUGGUGGGGCUGCCCUAAGGCCUUGGCUGUAGCUCUGGGGACUGAGGCUGGCCUCUUUGCAGCCAUGUGGGUGAGCAACCACUGGGAUGACCCACAGUGAGGUGGGCCAUUCCCUAAUUCCUGACAACAUCAGGCAGAAGUCAGGCCACCCAAUACCAAGAUCCUUGCUGCCAUGCCACAACAAUCUCCAUUAUCAAUAAAAAAUUGUGGCCAUAUUUCCCCCAGCCAUUGACUUUGUGUGUGAUCUUUGGUCCAGUACGCUUGCACUCUGUGUCUGGGGUACAUUAGCUGGCUUUUGCAGAGUCACUUUGACCCUGCCACCUCAUUUUUGAAAAAAAAUUGUUUUCUUAUACCUUUCCAAUAGGCAUAAAUCUGACAUAAAGCACACACGAUUUCACUAAAAUAAGGAGGAUCCCUCUGAAAUACCACAUAGCUAUUUACAUCUCAUUAUGGUUCAAGAGUAGCUGGAACAUGAUUUUUUUAAUUGGGUGCUUCUGUAGUGCAUUUUAUUCCACCUAUCAAUGGAAAUUAAAAUGUUUUAAUUUUGUAUUUUCAACAUAUUCCUUUGACACUUUUGUUACACUAUGGCUCCCUGUUUGUCUUCUCCUCUGUAUUGAGCCCUUGAAUCAUAUACUGGAAUAAACCACAGAGAAUCAUCAAGCAUAAGAAAUCUGAUGUAAGGUUGUUUGGUAUCCCAAAUUAUUUGUAAAGGGAGCAGAUGGAUUUGAGUUUUAAUAAGCCAGCAGACUACUUAGUGCAGCCCCUCUACACACACACACACACACACACACACACACACACACACACCUGGCUAGGCUUUGAUCAACAGGGAGUAUAACAAUAGUUUAGCCUGGCUUUUUAAUGAAUAGAAUCAAUGUGUUAUAUGAAAGUAGUUUCAGGACAAUGCAUUGAUAUUCAGUGUUAUCAUGUUUCUGGAAAUGAGAAAUUGAUUAUCUUAAACUACAGCAGCUUUCUAAACCCUUGGGUAGUUGAAAUUAGAAUAACACAAUUCAUCCAGCUGUUGUGAAAUCCCUCAGGAUUUCAAUCCAUUAUAAAAUUUGCAAAUCUGGAAAAAUCAAAUUAGUUUCGGUUAGCGUUUUAAAGAUGAGGGAGAAUAAUAAGCUAAUAUAUUGACAUUUAUACAGUUGCAGGGCUUAAAAAAAUUAUAAUAAACAAUAGCAACACUUAACUCUAUAUUGCCUGUCUGUUGGCUUAUGUGGAAGAUGCGCUUAAAGUUAAAGCUUCUAUGAAAAAAGACUUCUGGAAAUCCAGCCUCUGUCUUUCAUAUAAUAUAUGGAUGACUUAUGAAUAUGAUCCAUGCAUAUAGCUAUAUAUAACUUUAAAUAUCACUCCUGAGCUCAAACCACCACAACAAAACUGACACUAGAUAUUUUUAAAAUCUUUCCUCUUUGUUUCUCUUUUCUAUCGCCAUAUGGCAGCCUGCUGGCCCUAGAGGUGGUACUGGAGUACUUGCUAGUCCUGACAGCAAUGUUCGCAUCAGAUCAUGUGCUAUAAAUUAAGAUGCUAAGGUAGUAGACUCGCCAUUUUCCAGCUACAUUUGUGAAACCCCAGAUUUAAGUCUACUCAUAAGAUAACAUUUGGAGUGGCAAACCUAUUUUUGGGCUGUGCUUUUUGGGCCCCUCUGCAAGAUUUAAUAUUUUUCUGCAGAAAAUUAGCAUGGUGAAGACAAAACUCAUUUUAGGAUCCGUCUCACAGGCAUCCUAAAUGUCUCUGGAUUGGGUUUUUUAAAUAUUAGUUUUGGUAUGGAGUAAUAGUCAGACAUGUUGGGCAUGUCUUUCAGGCAUAGGUUUGAAAUCUUAUUUCUUAUUAAAGGAUCUCUAAAAGUGGGAUAAUGAAAAUCAUUACCUGCCCAUCACUAACGGUUGACCCUACUUGGCUAGAUUGUCCUGAGAUAAGACUAAACAUUAUAACCUCACUCGUGUGUGUGUGUGUAUUAAAAGCAACCUUUGACCUUUUUUCUGGAAAAUAUCUCCUCUCAUCCCUCCCUUCCAUGUAGUUCUUGCCCGUAGUUUGGCAAUGAAGUGAAAGUGGACAAAGCUUCCCUUUUAAUUGGAGAGCAUAGCAGACAUUACAAAUUGGGCUGCAUGUCCCAUUUGGGAUUUGGUUAUUAAAAGAACAUUUCUUACUUUGUUGUCUUCCACGGGUUUUUUAUUUUCAUGCUUACCAUUUGAUUACAUGGGGUUACUGAGCUCUAUAAAACUAAGACUGCACUUCUGCUGCUCACAUUUUAUUUUUUCCCCCUUCAAAACUCUGAGGAGUACUUUGUUAAUAGAGAAACAAUUCCAGCUGAAGAGAGUCUUUAAAAUUCUGGCAAAUGUAAUGUCAUUUUAGAAAUAAGUAGCUGUAUAUAUUUCGAGCUGAAUACGUCUCAUGUAAUUAGAAUUAGGACAGAUCAUACACAUUAUUUUGCAUCUCCUUUCAAGGUAGCAAUAAAAGCUGAAAAUCCUGGAACAUGGAUUGCACUUUUAAAAAUUGACCUUUAUGUUUUGAAAUUGCUUUAUUCUUACCAGUAGUAAUUUAGCAUGAGGACAGGAUUGCUCAUCUGCUAGAUGGUAUCUAAGGAUGCAAGUGCAAAGAAUUAUUUUAUUAUGUGUAGAUCUGUAAGAGAUUGGAAUUUUGUGUUCUAGGAAAGAAGAUUAUUCAUUGUUAUCUUUUUUUAGUUUUCUUGACCUUUAUGAAAGGCAUUUAACUUCUAAACUGAAUUGUGUUCUAGCUGCUGUUUUCAGCCACUGUUACCAUAUUUCUUUUGAGUUUUAGUUUUAUGUUGGAUUUUAUUUUUUAUUUUUUCUAUCAUACUCUGUAAGCCAGCAUGAGAGCCAUCCAGAUUCCUCUUGAUGGGAUAAACAUAAAGAUAAGGCCUUCCUUAGGUUCUGCAUAUUCUCACUCUUGCAGUUAAGGUCUCCUCUCUCCUUCCACCAUGCACUGUUUUGGGAUUUCUCCCAAUCCUCUGGAGCAUAUGGGGGAGGAGGGCACAGGGGAUGAGAAGGGGGAAAGGUCCCAUUGCACUGGUAGGAAUCCUUAAGUUAGCUUCUGCUAGUACAUUAGGGUGAUUGGUUACAGCCUCUGGGUCCAAGUGGCUUCAGGUCGUUCUUAUUUCAGUAGCUACAGUAUGGAGUUGGAAGAGAAGCAGUUGCUCAAGCAGCUUCCUUCUAUGCGAAAAGAGAGCUGGAUGGAUUAUGCCAAAAUGACGAAAUUGAACGGGAAUGGGAAGAUUAGACACCAAGAGGACAAAAAAAAUAAAUUAGAAAUGAAUGGAUUAACUUUAUAGAAUAUAUGAAGGAGCAUUGCAAACAUUUAAAAACGUUAGCAGGCUUGGAUUAGCACUUGUAAUAUAAUUUGAUAAAGGGUAUUGAAAAGGCAGACUUAAUAGAUUAGAUAAAAGUAUUUAGUCACAGAAAAGAGAAGAGAUAAUUAUUGGAAACCGGGGAGAGGAGUGGGGGGAAGUCUGGGGGUUGGAAGAACCCCUAUAGAGAUAGUGAAUUUGUUAUGGAUUAAUGCAAUUAAUAUUGUAUGCAAAAAGAAGUUGUGCUUCUUGGAUGUCAAGAAUAGCACCCUGUUAACACUAAGAAGAGGAAGUCACAUUCCUUUUGGGAAAAUUGACACCAACACUUGUAAUUAUCAAUGUUAAUGGCAUCCAACUAGUAGAAACGUUUUUUGGUAUUGUUUAAUAGACUAUUAAAUUGUUAUUUUAGAAUCUAAAUUUGAUAGAAAACCUAAGAAAUGCACACAAUAGAUCUGAUUUUAAAAAUGGUGUAUGGUGGUAGGGAGGCUGCCUUAUUCUUCUUAGAAGCCGGUGAAUUCUGAAUUAAGGAUGUGUUUUGAAAAACAAAAAUGGUCAAUAUUGUUAAACUACUUCAGCACAAGUUCCCAGCAUGACUGUAUCUGGAAUUCUGACAGUCACCAUAUAUUGAAAUUAAAUAUGAAUUGUGAUACAUCCAAUUGAAUGUUUGAUUUCUUUAAAAAAUGAAUUACACAUGUUCUGUGCAGUUUUUAUUUCUCUUUGAACUGUGAGGUGUACUUAAAUCUUUUCCCUGAAUUUGGCGUCUUGGGAGCUGCUGCCAUAGCAUAUUUUAUUCAUUCUGCUUAACAACUAUAGCAGUUUCACCUUUUUGUCUGAUUGACAGUUCAGAGAUACUCUGCCUUUUGUUAAGGGGAAAAUGGUUUUCUUAUUGAGAAAAUUGAUCCUUUGAUGCUUUUGUUCUGAAAGCCACAUUAUUUCAAGACAUUUUUAAUAAAAUGGGUUUCACAUUGAUUUUGGGGGAAAUUAAAUAAUGUAUCUUGGAAUAAACAAGGUACAUUUUGUGCAUCAUUACAAUUGCAGCUUUCGUGCCUCCUCCCCUUCCCUGUAGAGGUGUUGAGCUCCUAAUGUAUUGAAUAAAGUACAAAAAAAGACUUGUAGGCCCACUUUUUUUAUAAACAGCAGAUGAAAAUAUUGUUAGCCUGGAAAAAUCUAAGAACUACCGCACCAGGCCAAUGCUUCACUCAUUGGUUAAUAUUAAGUGUACUUCAAUUGUGAAGAGUUCUGCAAGCCAUUUUAAAAUCUGCACUGAAAGAGUUGAUACAAAUAUCUUCUGAAUAGGAAAACAUAGCUAUAAUGACAACCCAGCCACAAUUUUGCACAUUAAUUUAUGUCAUGAAUAGAUACAUAUAUAUAAGAGACUGUGAAACAGGAUAAUCUGCUCGUUCAUUUUGAUUAUAGUGAAUUAGGCUAUUGUUUUUACUGGAUGCUACCCAUACUUGGCAAAAGGCUGAGUUGAGUCAAAUAUUGGAGAAGAGCGCUUGAUGUCAAGUUCUGUCUGCGGGAUAAGUGCUUAAAUAGAGCAACAGUGUUGGGAGUGGUUAGUAGUUAUAGAAGACAAAUCACAAAAUCCAAAGCCCUCUGGGAAUGCACUGUCAGGACAGAAGGUGGUGUGAUGGUGUUGUUCCCCAUUUUCUCUCUCCUCCUAUUGGCUUUUAGUUUUUUUUUCCAAGAAUUUGAAUAGGGAAAAGAAGGACACCAGCCAAAGGAUUGGCAUUCUUUCCCGACGGUUUCAGAGUGAAAGGGCUUUGAAUUCAAGCAGAUCCAAAGACAGCACUUAAAUCCACCCGCAAAAUGCUCCCUUUUGCCCUCCUCUCUGUGGGGAAGUAGUAGCUAUGGAUCUUUUCAUAGCAACCUGGAUGAAGCUUCUUCAGAGCCCAUGGAGAAGGCGAGAUUCAUCUGCAAAAUCCUAUGGUUCCUGGAACUCCAUCACAACACCCAUAGGAUUGUGCAUAAGACAGUAUUUAGGCAAGGUGCCACUUUGACAGUUUUAUGAAGUUGUAAGGGGUGAUGAACCAUAAGCUGACAGUUAUUUAUAUCUGUCAUAAAAUGGAAGCUUGUAGAGUUCAGUUGUUAAAAGUAAGGCCAUAGAUAGUCCAAAAUGUUGUCUUAUUGUAACUAUACUAACUAUUAUUUAUUGCUUUCACUAAAUUCACUGUAUUAUGGAUUGCCACCAAACUUCAUCUUUUAAACAGUUCUUAGAAAUUCAGAUUAAAAUGGUUAAACACUUAUUUUUAUAAAUUAAUUUUUUAAAAAAAUGUCCAGUAGCACCUUAGAGACCAACUAAGUUUGUUCUGGAUAUAAGCUUUCGUGUGCAUGCACACUUCUUCAGACACCACACGAAAGCUUAUACCCAGAACAAACUUAGUUGGUCUCUAAGGUGCUACUGGACAAUUUUAAUUUUUAGUUAUUUAUUUUGACUGCGUCAGACCAACACUGCUACCUACCUGAACUUAUUUUUAUGUGACUUUUUCUUUUCUUUGCAGCUGAUGCAAAUGCGGAGAUCAAAACUCUUUCAUCUGUACAGCAGCUUGGCGUUAAAAUGACAAUCAGGUACAUUACGUCAAAACAUUUCACUUAGGUAUUUAUAAAAUGUUCAUUUUUAAUUUGUUAUGACUUGAAUGCUAUUGAAACCAUCCAUUCGACAUAAUACAACAUUUAAAUUGAACAAUUUUAGGGUGAAAAUCAUUAUUGUAACGUGAAUGGCUUGGAACCACAGAACUGCACACGGUUUCUCUCACUGCUACCAGCACCUUCCAGACCAGAUACAUCACCAAAAUAUUGUAAUGUUCCAUGAAUCAAUGGCCGAGCAAGCUAUUCCUCCUCUCACUGAUUCUACGGUAGAGCUAUUGCUACUUCCCAAUCCCUGUUGGCUCACUGCAUCCAUUGUGGGAGGUCCAUAGACUUUUUUCUCCUUUUUCCCCCCACACCCCUCAUUGCAGCCAACAGAAGGGAAUUAACUACACCAGACUCAUCAAUGUAGCAAAAUUAUGCACAUCAGCAUGCAUCACCAGGAACCAGAUGAUUACAUCUCUCUACCAACCACACUAGCACUCAAAAAACUCAUUCUAGUGUGAUUAUGAAUGUAUGGCAAUGCACAAACAUACCCUAGUUUUUGGUAGUACUGGUAACCCCAAAUUUAUAAUCUCUGUAAAUUAUAUGUGUUGGACUAUAUUCUAGUGGCUGAUCUGAAAUUGUAACAAAACAAAAAAAACACCGAUUGAUUGAACUAUAUCAGAUCCUCCAUUGCCCAUGAAACACUGGGCAACCCCUCAGUGUUUCAGUGGCAGCAGAACAUCUAUGUCUGUGGAGCUUUCUGUGGGUGACCUGUAGCAGUGUAAGGGCUGGUUUGCUGGCGGGCUUCUCUCCCCACCGGCAGAACAGCACCUACAUCACUUUAAGUGACCUCUUAGCCAGCUUUGUCUGCCUUUGGGUGUUCUCCAUGAAGCAUCUUAGAAAUACGGUAGAUGGGGCUAUAGUGUGCUGAAACAACACCAGACCAAGUUAAGUGUCUAUAUAGGUAUACUUUAAUGUUAUCAAAACAAAACAAUACUCAUUAUCAAAGAUGUACUAAAAUUAGUGCCCCAUUGCAAAUGGAAUACUCCAUUUGUGCAUAAUUGGUUAUUUUUGUGUGUGCCAAUAACAAGCUUUCAGGUCUAAGUAGUACCCGUCUUAGAAUGGAUUCAUUAGCCUUUUUUCUUUAUUUUUACCUUUUUAUGCCGACUGAUCAGUUGUGCUGUAUAAAUGAUGGCUUUGCGUUUUCAAUUUGGGCUGCAUCCAGUUCCCCUCUGGGGAUCCUGCUCAGAAGCCAUGCACCUGCUGUAAACUGGACAGAGAGUGAAUAUUGUGCAAUGCAGUUAUCAUAUAUUUUCUUGGUAAUCCUCACAAGACGACCUGUAUAAAAUAGACCAGUGUCCCACACUGGAAUGACCUCCCCUUACAGAUAUGACAGGAACCUACAGCGCAGAUGUUCUGCUGCUGGUAAAAACUUUUCAUUUGAUAUGGGCGUUCCUGGACUCUAAUCCUUAGUACCAGCUUUACUGAACUCUAGAUAGUUUGCUUUAUGUUUUAUUGUACUAUAUUUAUUUGUAAACAACCUUGUCAUUUUUUUAUCCUGAAAAGUUGUCAGUAAUUUUUAAAGAAAUAAAUAUUCCAUUAUUGCCAUUGAAAAGGAGGGCAGGCUGAGGUGAAGAGUUAAAGGCUCGCCUAAGUCACCCCAGUGACUUCAUAGCUGAGAUUUAUAAUGAAUACUGAUGUUCUUACCAGUAUAUAAUUCCUGGUAUGGUUUGUAUGUUUUUCAUUCCUUUAAGUAAGUUUGAAUUGUAUAUUUCAACAUAAUUACCAUAAUUGUUGUUUUCAGAAUAGAUUUGAUAAAGGUCAUUUAGCUUGUCCUUCAAAACUAGGAAUUUGCUUUUAUUCUUUUUUGUUCCACUGAAGGGAUUAAUAAUGGUGUUCAGACACAUUGAAUGUAAUUUAUUUGAGGUUGGUUAUUUGCUCUACCCCGGAGGCCUAGUGCAGGUUAAAAAAUAUAUAACCAGAUUACACAAAAAGAAAAGUGCUUGAUUACUACUAUGAUAAAAUAACCCCCCUAACUGAAUACAAAAAUCAUGUUUUGUUUUGUCUUGAAACCAGUUAACAAUUUGAAUUAACCCGGUGCACCAAAGGCCACCCCAAACUAGAGAGUGCUUCUAGAUGAUUAGGUUCUGACUAGCAGACAUCUCAGGAGUGAGAAUUUUAUAAUUGUAUGACUUCUACUGAGAAGGUCUAUCAAAAGGUCCCUGUUGGUCACAGUAGGAGCAAUAGUGAAAUAGAAGAACAUUCUUGGUUAUUUUACAAUAUAAGCUUAGGAACUUUGCAAGACCCUUGUGACAUCUUUAUGACAUUAGGUGAUUGACAGGUGGGUGGCCCUACCCUGCUCUAUAUUGUCCUGCCAAGCCUUUGAAAUGAGCUAGGUUGGUCCUUCUGACAGUACCACCAAAAAUGUAAUUAGAGGCUUCUCAGCGCUGGUUCCAUCAGUUAAGGAAUGUCCCUCUCUCCAAGACUGAGCUGAUGCCAUUCAUUUUCAGCGCCAGCUGAAUUGCUUUCUCUUCCAUCAUGCUUUCUAAACAUCUCUGUGUAGUCACACAGUUACAGAGAGUAGGUAUAGGCAACCAUAUGGGUUUACUUUGAUGAUUUUAACAGUAUUUUAGUGCUUUAUCAUAUUGUAACUUUUUUGUAAUUCACCCUGAGAUAAGUUGUGACGAAGGGCAGGACAUAAAUAAGUUCACACCAGGCUUUAGGAGUGAGAGUAGCUCAUUCGGUAGAGCAUGAGACUAUUAAUCUCAGGAUCGUGGGUUUGAGCUCCACACUGGGCAAAAUAUUCCUGCAUUGCAGGGAAUUGGACUAGAUGACCCUCAUGUUCCCUUCCAACGCUACAGUUCUUUGAAUCUGUGGUCACCUUGAUUCAUUAAAUCAGCCAGGCCUCUGCCCUUUAGGGCUUUUAAAGUCAUGAACAACAGUGUGAAUUCUACAUGGUAAGGUAACAGGGAGCCAUUGCUUCCCUCAAGCCAUUCCUCAUAGGAAGUGCAGUAACAGGAGUAUCAGAUAUUUUAAAAACAUCUUUAUAAUACAUACUAUUAUUUUUGUAGUAAGCUGUUCUAGUAUGAGUAACCAAGCUCUGAACACUAUAUUUUUACCAAAAUACUAUUAACAGAUGCUUUAAUAAUUCCAUAUUAAUUCAACUGAGACCUAGUAAUCUUCUUCCUUGCUCUUGAACCACUAAUGUUUCAUUCAUUUAUUUAAACUAUCAACAUAUUUCCAUUGUAUAUGCUUUAUUUGAUCUUCCUAGAAUGAAUAAUAAUCUAAAUCAACAUAAUGUGCAUUUUAAAGCUGACUUAAGCUGUGAACAGUGGGGUGCAAAUGGAAGCCUGAAGCAAAGCAGAAUGCUUUGUGGAAGAAUUUAAUAAGUUUUUAUACUAAAAAUGUCUAGUAUCAAUGGAUAUGCAUGUGUGUGUGUGUGUGUGUGUGUGUGCGUGCAAGGGAGUGAGAUGGCUACACACACUUUUGAUCACAUGCACUGCUGGUAUGCAGCUUUCAGGGGGUUGUUCAAGGUUAACUGCAGCCCUCAGGCCCAGAAAGGUUAGCCAUUCUUGCUCUAUAUUUUUUAUAUAAAAAUAUAAAUACACACCACACCUAUGCUUUCACUAGGCUGGCACAUAUUAUAGUUGUAGGGCAGCCCAUUUGUUUUAACAUUUUAAAUGUGCAAAUUUUUAUACAAUACUGUUGUGCCAUUAUUUCUGUUCUAUUUGCUACCUUGCCUUGAUGAGAAGACACUCACACAAUUUUUAAAAGGCAAAUAGGAUUUGCAAGCAGAUGCAGAUAGAUAGUCAUGGAAAGUACCAGGUACAGGUUCCAAAAUUCUGUUUUGCUUAUUUUUAUGUUGCACAUUACAUUCCUCUUAUGCAUCCUGGCCUUGCUGUAACCGCGCCAGUUGUGGUUGGGAACAUGUAAUCUGAUGUGUAUUUAAUAUACUUUAAUAUACCUAUGUCCCCAGCAAAACCACCAACAACUUUGGUUGGAGCUGGGCAUAAAGAAGGUUUGGGAUUAUUGUUUACAUUAGUGGAACAGCAAUCUGAGUAACUGCAUCAUUUUUUGCAUGCAGUUGCAGCAUCUAUGACAGAAAGAGCAUAAUUUUGUCAAAUCAGUGCCUUAAUCCAUUAAAUCAUACAUUUCACGCAGAAAUUAACCAGCGGUCUCAUUUAAGUGGCAGAAUGUGCUUUACUUGAAGAGAGAGGUCAGGCCAGGAUUCAAAGAACCGUUAAACUAGUACCACGAACCCAAGGGGCCUUUAGAGUGCUUUCUUUUGAAGACCAGCCAUCUCAGCCACAUGGAAAACUGUUUAAUAUGGGAAUGAGGGACUUUCAAAUGCAGUUUAUGAUGUGCCAUGGGUGGUGGUGAUGGAGUUCAGCUGUUUGAAGAAGGAGUCACAAAUAUUGUUGGGUUUGUAUCAAGCCCUUCCAUGAGCUCUCUGUAUUCAGAUUAUUAUUUUAUGUGUAAUGUUAUGCAUCUUAAAUAAAGUAGCAAGGUUUAAAAGAAAGAAACAGCUGCAGACAUGUUUUCCCAGUAUAGAUUGCCUAUAAAUAUGAUGUGGAUUAAGGCUUCUGCCAAUUGGGUACAAAUCACUCACAUUAAUGUCUGGUGUGCUCUUUUCCGUAAUGAAAUAAGUAAAUGAAAAUGUGUAUAGCUUCUAGUUAAGUUAAACAUUUUUAUUUAUUUUUUUGUUUAGCUAUGGUAAACAUUUGAACCUGCUGAGAGAGAAUGCCGAAGAUGAUCUAUGCCAUGUAAUAAUGCACUGUGAAAAUUUUUUGAAACGACAACAGGCAGUUCUAAGGACAUCGUUGCGUAUCCUUUCUCAUAAUAUAAACAUCACCAAGUCUUUUGUCGGUAUAACUGUCAAAAUAAUUUUUAAGAUGCCUUCUUGAAUUAUUUAAGAUGGCACAAAGAUUUGUGCCAUAUAGGCAGGAACUUCAUAACAUUUUCCUUUCUCAACAGGCAUAUUUUCCAGAGCAGAUGCUCUCCCAUCUACCGUAUUUUUCGCUCUAUAGGACGCACUUUUUUCCCUUCAAAAAUGAAGGGAAAAUGUGUGUGCGUCCUAUGGAGCGAAGACGCCAUAGCCCCGCUAAAGAAGCACCCCGCGACCCUCUCCCGGCUGGAGAGGUGACGCGCGGCUAGUGAGGCUCCUGCCAUGGCCGCGCGUCACCUCUCCAGCCGGGAGCGCGCGCGGGCUAAAGCAGCCCUCCGCGACCCUCUCCCGGCUGGAGGGUGACGCGCGGCUAUGGCAGGAGCCUCUCCGCUGCGCCUUUCCGCUGCUCCCUGACCUGCUCUUUGGGGUUGGUGGUGGGCUUCCCCUGCCAGGCCCAAAGAGCAGGUCGAGGAACCUGAAGCCUGGAGGCGAGAGGUCAGUGCACACUGACCCCUCUCGCUCUCCAGGCUUCCAAGGUAGCCACCUGAACGCACCUUCAACGGCACCUUGUUUUAGAGCGGGAAAGCAAGAGGGGAAAGUUCUCCCCUCUCUGCACAGCGCCUCCUGCCACUUCGCUGAAGGGGCGCUGGGCAGAGAGGGGGAGAAUUUUUUUUUCUUGUUCUCCCCCCUCUAAAACAAAGUGCGUCCUAUUGUCCGGUGCGUCCUAUGGUGAGAAAAAUACAGUAAGUUUCUAUUUCUGCCCAGAGUUUUUUUUAAAUCUACAGUGGUUUCCCCACUUACUCCAGUGUAGAAAGCAGAUCCACAGACAUCCCACAGUUAUAGAUUUGCAUUCACAAUUGCAAUGAAAGGGGUGUACUUUGUACAUGAUGCAUGUACAAAGUCUCUGGAUUUGGUAUCUAGGCCUGCUCCUUUUCUAAUAAUGGUCUACUAAUAGAUGUGUUUUCGAUGGCAGGGUUUUUCUGCAUUUAACAACAAACCCUUGGAUUUCCUGAACGUUUUCCUACAGGUGGUUUGCAGGGAGGAUACGUCGGCUUUGAUUGGUUUGCAUCUUCUGUAUUUCUAAUAAUGAUGGGAGACAGGGAAAAAACAUUAAAUUUUCUCCACCAGUUCUCCCGUCUUCUUGUGUCAGCAUUCCUUUGGAUACCACGGCUGCACAGUUCUGUAAGACUUCAAAAAAGGUUUCAUAUUGACAAGAUUGCUCUGAACAUUUUAAAUGAAAUUUAAUAUUUCCAAAGUUGUUUAUAAACAGAACACAAUGCAGUUACUUAAAGGUUUUUUUAACCAAAUGUUUGCCCUGCAAAAUUUCUCUCAGAAAAAUAUGGAUUUGACAUCUGCUCAAAUGGUUGUCUGGAACCAGGGAAAAAACAGGUAGACAGAUAGCAGUGGUGGUGUUAUUGAAUUUUAAAGUGAGCCAUAAAAUUCACUUUAUUAGUAGUGUUAAAUUCUGUAUGUAGGCAGAUAGAACUAUUGAAUGGCCUUUUUAUUAUUAUUGCUAUGUGCAAGCUCAUGCUUUAGAUUAUUAGCUUUUGUUUUAUUAUAAAAUCAUUAAAUGAUACAAAGUAGCAAUUUUGGAUAAGGGGGGAAAAAGUAAGCCAGCUUGCAUUGUCACUGCUAGUCAGAGCCUCACUAUUUUAGCAUCUCAGAUAUUUAUACAAGUUUCCUUUAACAUAAAUAAUCACAGAAUUAAAUGAAAACUUGUAUGUUUAAUUUUUUACCCUCCUACUAACAUAAACUUCCACAUACUAGAAAACUGAGCAAACAGGGCAAGUGUGGCUCCCCACUUGAGACAUGUCAGCACCCCAAAAUAAUAAAGCCAUAUGGCAAGAGGGACUAAGAUUUGAAAAAGAGUUUAAGAAAUAGUGUAGGGCAUGAUCAAGAAGUGCUACUCGUGAACAUUAUGGACAUGUGACAAUUCCAAAUCAUAUUCUGGAACUUCCUCGACGCUUGCACAGUUGAUGCCCGUUUGUUUCUAAGGCCAUUAGAGGUCAAAGCAAUGGUUCACAUCUAGUAGGGAAGCCACAAGCCAAAUCAUAUUGUUAACACUGGUAACAAAGCACUCAAAUUAGCAGUUAAAUGUCAUAAACUCAGUUUAAGGCAAGCAGGCUGUCAGUCAAUUCAUGGAGUUUCUGGCAAGAACAGGCUUUUCUGUACACUACUUUUUAGAGCUAGUAAACCUCCUUGCAAAAGGUAGGUCAGCAGAAAGACCCCAAGCAGUCCACUUGGGACCGAAAUGCUUCUAUUAGGCACCAAGGAAUUCUGUGCAUGCCAGGAUUCCUUGAAGAGCCACAGCUCUUUCUAGUGUGCAGCUCUUGGUUUCCGUGAAGCAGUCCAGCAUUAGAGGUGUGCUACAACACCUUCGACAACACUCCAAGGGAUCCUGAAACACGCAUUUUGGAAUGCGCAAUGCAGCUGCUUGAAGACAGCCAAAUGUAUGGCCCUGGCAAGGACUGUGACUUGGAUCCUAAGGCACUUCUCCAUUCAUUUAAGAGGGACAUGCAGUUUUUGCCAGUUCCACCAUCCAUCUGCAGCUCCCAUCACUUAUGUCCCAUAUUCCCGGGGGGGGGGGCAGCCUUCAGGACCAGAUUAUCAGGGGGCUGUGGAGGGAAGGGGGAAGCAGGUAGUCCUUUCUUCCCAUUGCUCCCAAAGCAUUGGUAAAUGUUACCGGCUACUUUGCCGUAUUUUUUUUUCCUAGAUGUGUUGGGAGCAAAUAAACUUUCUACAGCUAGACAUAAAUUAGGAAAAGCGAUCACUGUUCUAUUCUGCAUGUGGAUAAUGAAUGGGCAGAGGGAAGGUGACAUCUUUUUUGAAGGUAGACCUUUGAAAAGCUGUAUCAUAAGGAUCCUUUUGGGUAUUGUUGCUUCAUUGACCAGAUUCACCUGCCCGUUGACACAGCAGCGUCUGGGAUCCAUCCAAUCUAUUUUUGCAGUGCACACUAUGUUGAGAUGUUGCUGAAGGCUGAGUUACCCUUAGUCUUUUCUGCGUUCCAUAUGUCUGGUUUUACGUCGUCACAGGUAAUAAAAAAUAUUCCAAUUUGUUUUUUUAAAAAAUGGUUGCCUUGACUGUCAGUGAAAGGGAGACUGCAAAACUGGAGCCAAAGCACUUUCCUCUUCUGUAGUGCAGCCCCUUAGGUGUUUACUCAGAAGUAAAUCUCAUUAAGUUAAAUGAGGCUUACAGGGAAAUUAAGACAAGAUUCCAGCUGGGUAGGACUUCCACUAAAUCAUUUCAUGUUGAAGCAACUCUGAAAAGAAAUUCACAGGAAGGAAGAUUUUUCUUUUUCUCUUAAAAAGCAUAGUGGUAAAAAGAAUAGCUUUGUCAGACCCUUAAAUGCACAGCAGUGGGCAGAGUUAACUAUAAAUUAUAUUUACUGCUAAUGAAUAGUCAGCUGGGAAUUGUAGAAAGAGAGAGCUUUUUGAAAUUGAAUUGCUUUUGUCUGGUAGUUCUUCAUAACCAUACUUGAAAUCAAGUUAUACAGGUGAGACCAAAAAAAUGAAUUAUUGCUACUGCAAUAAAAAACAGUUUGUUUUGCUGAUAUGUACUAUUUAUUGUACAGUUUCUACAGUAAGGCUGGAAGUAUCUGAAUGCUUAGGAAUAACAAUGAGACUUGCCUCUGAAUGAAAAUACAUAGAAUUGGGCAGUGCAUUAGAUGCCAGCUCUUACACCAUAAUUUUAAGUGAAAAGAGCAAAAGUAAUUUUGCUGUCUAAACACUAAUUGGGAUAGAUUCAGAGUUUGUUCCUGCUGGAUCCCCUAAGCAGAAUUCUGCUCAGGACACUCCCAUGAAAGAGGAGGAGUGAUUUUUCCAUUCCUCAAAAUCCCCAGUGCUACCUUCCAAGGGAUCCUUAAUCCUCUAGGUAAGUUUUUCUGGAGUCAUAGAGUAUAGGGGGGACUCAACAAAAAAUGGUUUUCUCUGUUGGAUUAGAAGCUGUCCACAAAAAGAAAAAGUCUGGUUCCAGUCCAUUGUCACUGUUGGAUUACAAAUGAAGCAAGCUAAAAUCUGUUUUAAACCUUAUCUUUUGCAAUCAAAUUAGUACUUUUGCCUGAUUUACUUUUGUAAAUAUUUACAGGCUGAUUAACACAAGAUUCAUAAGUUCACAGCUAAAUGAAAUUGUCAUGGUAGAGAUCAACAAAAAGAACAGUUAUUCUAAUUUUGUUUUUCAUAAUCAGUUUAAUAACAGAAUGUCAGAUUUAUUAAAAAGUUGGAGAGCUCCUCUUCUGCUAAAUACAAACACAUUAAACAAAACCAAAGUACUACUGUUUGUGACAUUCUUCACUAGAAAACUCUUUCAUGUAGCAAUUCUUCUUCCGGGUUUUUAAUGAUGCUACACUAAGGUGGAAACUUGUUUAUGCCCAUGAUUGCCAGAAAGAAGAUGCAGUGCAAAUGAUCAAUUGGGAGAUGAUGAUAUGACACACCUCCCUCAUUCCUUUUUAGUUCAAAUUCUUUGAGAAAAGAUGCCUCCCCCUAGCAUAGGGGACGUGGUCUAGAGCUUUAGUUGCUUUUACAAACGGAAGUGCUGCCUUCCCAGACAAGCCCUUACUAGUGGCAGUGAUUCAGGGUUUCAGUGAGCUCUGGGAACCUCCAGGGAAAAACAUUUCACUUCCAGUGGCGAAACAGGGUGUGCUGCCCCCCCCAAUGACUAAGAGCGGGGAGUGGGGGGUGGAUUUCUGUUGUAAAUUAUGGUAGCUGACAAUUGCAAGGGACCUCAGAAUGGAGUAUAUAGAGCUGGAUGCAUUAUGUGGAACAGUUGCUGUUGGAAGUGAUGAAUUGGAUUAUUGUUUUUUUCCUAGAUCUGUCAACAAUGGUUGACUCAGUGUUUCUGGAAUUACUUGGACUGGAGCGAGAUCUGCCAUUACAUUGCCAUUUGUAUUUUUCUUGGCCCAGAUUAUCAGAUUUAUAUGUGUAUAUCUGUAUUCAAGCAUCUACAGCAAGAAAUUCUUCAGCAUACGCAGACUCAGGAUCUCCAAGUUUUUCUUAAAGUAAUUUCUUCUUUAUCUUCAUGACUUAGAAUAAUAGAACAGUGUUGAAGAUUUGAUGUCAAGUUUUUAGAAAAACUUAACAAAUUAUUCUUUGAAUAUGUGUUUGUUUUCAGUCUGUUUUCUUCAUAGCUUUACUUAGUGACAAAGGAAAAUAUCCUUUCUGUAAUCCUUUAAAGAAAACAAAUGCAUAUGCCAAAUGUAUAUGAAAUAGAUUCUUCCUUGUUUGUUCGCUGGGAAUUGGUGAUGAGCCUGAUCUUGAUAUGUCAUUCUCUUUUACAGAAUGCCAUAUCCUUGAUGGACUUUGAGCAAAAUACUUUGCUUGUGAUAUUUCCAGGGAGAUUUGGCUGAACCCUGUUGGAACAGAAUGCUGGACUAGAUUGAUUUUUUUAUCUGAUCCAUCAGGGCUGUUCUUAAAAUUUUUAAGCUAUAGACUUGUUUAUUUCUAAGCUUUACAUUACUCUGCAGAAACAGUAGCUGCCUUUUAUUAGAACCAGAAUUGUAGAGUUGGAAGGGACCACAGGGGUCAUUUAAUCUAACCCCCUGCAAUGCACAAAUCUCAGCUAAAGUAUCCAUGAUAGUCCUGUCUCCUCAUAAGUGUAGCGGCUGCAUUAACUCAGUAAACUCAGUGAAGAAUUUCAGAACUAGAAAUGAGCUUUUGGCAAACCUGAGUUAAUUCAAAGCUGAAUGAAUGGUCAUUGAGAAGGUAACUAUGUCAGUGCUUUGCAUGUUCUGGUAACUAAUUUAGGUGGUCAGAAUAUAUAUUUUUCCUUAUCCCUAUUGCCUCUCCCCAUUUCAACCUGCCUGUGAGUUGAAAUCUGUUAGGGAGAGCUUUCUGAUGGUUCCAUCAUUGAGAAUAGUUUGGGACUUUAUAACCCAUCUGAGGGCCUUCUCAGUAGUAGCACCCCAGUUGCGGAAAGCACUUCUGCCAGACAUUGGACAGGUGCUGACAUCGUUCAGGUUUAGGACUCAGCUAAAGACCUUUAAAUGUAGACUGACACCUAGGCAGACUGUUUUUAUUCUACUAUUAUUGUUUUGUUUUAACAUUAAUUAUGUAUUUAUUGUUGUCCCCUGCCCCUAAGUCUUUGGGCAAAGAGGUAGGGAUAUAAAUUUUAAAGAUGAAGUUAAAUGAGUUAUUAUUUUCUGAAAGCUGCUUUUCUAUUGAAGUUUCAUAUCUGUCUUUACCUUUUCUAAGAAUGCACAAACGAAAACUCCAAAGUAGAAUUCUCUGUAUGAAAAGAGUUGCUUCAGGCAUUAUAUAUAUUAAAUUUAAUAAACCCUGUUUGAUAUACAUAACUUUAGAAUCAAAGCUGAAUAUAUCGUUCUAGACUGGAUAAUACUUUUAAAAUAAGAAAUAUCAAGUUAAUUGUUUAAACAUGCCAUUAGCUGCUGCCUGUCUAUAACAGCCAUUUUGUAUAAUGUGAUUCCCAAAAUAUACUUUUAAUUUAAAAUCUUUGACAUUCAUUUUAAAAUAGCAUGACAGAUCUGUAGUCCUCAUUAUAUAGCAGGAAACAACACACCAGAGCUAUUCUUCCUCCUAAUAAAAUUCAUCUUAACAUCUGAUGACAGGCCAUCAUGAUUAAAUAGUUCUUAAGAUACAGAGGCCAAAUAAUAGGUCAAAAAUUAUGAAACUCUCAUUAAAAGUGUGCUGAACACAUUUUAUAAGGAAUCAUGGGGUUUGCUGUAUUUUUAUAAAAGAGAAAAAUAAAUGUUUUUUGAGGAAAGAACACGAUUUUAAUUUACACUCUCUGUCAAAUUGUCCUAACUAGACUUUAAUAACUAGGCUUGACUUGGCAGAUUUUGGAAAAGAAAUCCACCAUAUCUGAUUCCAGUUUAAUUUUAACUAGAAUACUCUGGACUUAAUUGGUUGUAAAUUACACCCUUAGAAUACAAUACAUUGUUUGAAGGAAACACAGUACUAAGUACACAAAGCAGUGCAUCAUUAAAAUGGAAACUCUAAUUAAGAGGACCCAGUCUACUUGAAGCUGUGUGCAACAGUUUGUGGCUACAUAUAGGAAUGUACAAACCUAUUUACAUCAAGUGCAGAAGCCAGUUUAAUGGAACUCAGGUGUGCGUUGUAAUACAGACAAACAUCUGCAUCCAUGUUGGUUAUUACGUGGUAGGUUUUUUCUGCACAUGGAUUUCCCUUGCUAGUAGGCUGAGACAAUUGACUGCAAAUCUCUCCAAUAAAAGCCUUAUUAACUGCUUCAUAAAGCAAAUAAUUUCUAAUUACUCAUCCCAUUGAUACUAAAAGUCAGUAUUUAGUUGUAGCUAGGAUUGUGGGCCCGUCAGGUCACCUUUUCCUCCUCCUCUCCUACCCACCCACACCUCAAAAGUCUAUGUGGGCAUUUUCUUAUCCCAAUUUUUCUGAUGCUGACUUUCAAGAAGAGCCAGCUGCUCUUUGUCAUGUAAUUACUUUAUAAUAAUAUAUAUGGAUAAAAGUGGAAGAUUCUCUAACAAAACCACUAUCCUCCAUUACAGUAUGUGAGGUUUUUGGUGGCCCAUAAUACUCCAACCAAGUGUUUCACUUUUUUUGCACAGUGACAUAAUAUAUAAUAUGCAAUUUUAGAUAGAUGAUUUGAAGCAUCUAGUAACCAUCAUACAGGUAUGCACACAAUUAUUGACAAACAAAACAGUAUCUGAAUUACUUUUCCCCCAUCAAAACCUUAAUGUGGAAAGGCAGUAAAAUUCUCAUCUUGUAUUUCCAUAUGGUUUACAUCACUCAAAGUAACAACUAAACUUGCCUCUAGGUUAAGGGAAGCACUGACAAAGCAUUGAUUUCAGUGUAUACUAAAAACUUACUUAUUCUCCCCAGUGUUUACUAGCCAUUAAUGCUACAGUUGCUGCAAAUGAGAUGCAAAUAUUAACAUCUGCAACACUUGCUGUUGUUUUGUAGAGGAAUUCACAACCACUUCUGUUUAGAACUACCGACUUCACCGAUGCUCUGCACCUUGCAAAGUUUUACCAUGUCCCUAAGAUUACUUUAACAGUGGAUAGCUUUGGAAAAUAUCUUUCUCCAGCUCUUGCCAGCAUUGUGGUAGGAGCUGGGGGAACAAAAGUCUGCAGUUCCUUAUCCCUCAAUAGCAAAUCAGUGCAAAGGCAUUCCUCUUCACCCAGGCCUUAAACCAUCUGUGCCCUUUUAAACUCUGUUGUGGGGUGUUAUUGUUUUUAUUUGUUACUAUGUUAUUCAUGUUUGUGUUUUUCUAUCAUAAACUGCCCUGUAUAUAAAUUUAAAAUAAUAAUAAUUAAACUUGUCUGUCCUUGGGUUAAUUCCCAAUUAUCUUAUUUUAAAAGACGUUCAAAAUGUACCGUUCAUAAUGCAGCUAGUGCUAACCUUCUAACAAGAUGGUUGGUUUAAUUUGUCAGAAACAAAAUAGGACAUGGCAUGCAACAAAGGGUAUGGGACAAGGUAAUGUUAGUUGGCCAUGAUGGUUCAGUGUGAUAGAGCAGCAUGCUACUCCUGUGCUGAGGAAACAAACCUCAGGUUACCUUGUCUGCAUCAGGCUUGUGGCUUGUUUAUUUCCAAACUAUAAGCAGUAAACUAAGAACAAACAUAGGCUUCCAUUUGUUCUUUAUUUGGAGACAAAUGAACGAUGAGACCAGUGUCAUAGCUGCUUUUCUUGCUGUGUGGCAGCGGUAGGACCAGGUUGAAGCAAAUUGGGAAGUUUGGAGCAGCAUGAAAUAACACACUGCUCAUUUAUAUUAAACAGUAAUUUAUUUUAACUAGGGCUACUGAUAAAUUGGAGCUUAUUUUAUACUUCAAAUUAUGUAUACUGAUACAGCUAAGAAAUAUGUAAAGUUUGAAAUCCUCAUUUUGCUUUAUUAAUUCCGUUAGUAAAUAUGUCAUUAGACACCAUUGUAUAGAAACGGAUGUGUCUAUUUUUCACUUUUGUCAUAAUGCAGUAUCUGUGUAUUACAAUGGAAACAGAACAAAUUUCUAAAUGGGAUGAAAAAAUAAAACAAGUUGCCUCUUGGGAAAGCCUCAAAUGUUAAUAUCCAUCAUUUUCCCCCUGGCUAAUACUUUGCUUUUGUGCAAUGUGCAGGAAGAAGCACUUCAUGGAUUUCAAGUGAGUGAUUAUUUCAAAUACAUGGAAAACUUGGCUCUAACCUACAGACCAGUGCUGCUAAGAGACAUGAAGAACAUUAGAGUGCAGAACACAUAGAUCAAGCAAAUGAGCCUCUCAUUUCAAAUUUUAGUUACGUUCUUAAAAGGACACUGAUUAUUUGUUUUAUAUACUUCUCUAUAAAAAUGCAUUCAUUCGAAAUGUACAUACUGCCAAAUCAAUAAUAAGGCUUUUCAGCAUUCCGCUUUCACAAGACAUCCUCUAAAUUGGUUCAUCUGAAAAAUAAUGUGUUUUUCUAGCCAUGCACCAUAGCCUUGUUUACACUUGGCUUCAGAACCUGCCCUUGAAUUACUUAAAUGUCCUGCUUAUAUUUUCUUGGAGUGAUUUCCAUACUAUUAAACUUUGCUUCUCUUCAACAUCUACCUUAAAUUUCUAAAUUGCAUACAAGUUUGCCAAUAAGAGGCAGUAAUAUGAAUCCCCAUUCUGAAAACCCAGCCUUACUUAAUAUUGAUAAAUAAAGGCAGAGCUACUUCCUUGAAUGUAGCAAGAUUGACCUUCGAAGGUCAGGGAACAGAAUAUCCUUGAAGAUUCUCCAUUCUCAGUAUCUUAGUCUGAAGUAGAAUUGUAGUUGUUUUUUUAACAAUGUACACUAAAACCUUGAUGUUUUGAUGAGCUGAACAAAUUAAACUUCCUGUAACGAUAA